GGGAUUAGAGAAGCCAGCUUCACUCACUCACAGCAGACGGAGGGGGAUUGCAGUGCGCGUGAAUCAUGCUCGUCGUCAUUACUACCGACUGGGAGUGGAGCCGAAAUUGUGCAAGAUACGGAUAACAGCGAGGGAAAGGUCCGUGUGGAUACAGUCAACUUUCCAAACCCUCGUCUCUUUUCUGUCGUGAAAAAUGCUUCAGAAGAGGCUCCACUCCUCCUCCUCCUGCUGCUGCUGCUCCUCUGCUCGGACCCGUCGCAUUAUUAACCUUCCUCCCUCACAUGUGCUCUAUGUUGAAGAAGUGGCCAGAAGAAGAAACCUUUAAGGAGGGAAGCUAAAGCCAAAGGAAGUAGGGAGUUAUUACCUUUUUACAACGUUUUCUCAAGUUGGAGAAGAAGAGAGGGAAGAGGGGAAAAAAGAGGAUAGAAAAAAGUUUUGAUUGUUGGUCAGAGAGGAAACAUGGGGAACGCAGGGAGCAUGGACCAGCACCCUGAUUUCAGGGGACACAACAUGCCUCUGAAACUGCCAAUGCCAGAGCCAGGGGAGCUGGAGGAGAGAUUUGCAACAGUCCUGGUAAGAAAGUUAUCAUAUUUCAUCACUUUUGGGUUUCUUUGUUUCUUCUCCCUCCGUGUUUCAGUGUCCUGGGACGGGACAGCUGUGUGUAGGUUAGACCCCAGUCUUCCCAGCACGCCUGUCUGCCUCCCUGCUCUUUGUUGUUGUGGAAAAAAGAGGAAUUCUGUAGUAAAAAGUGCAGGAGUUUAGCAUCUGUUGCAUUACUGGAGAACACAUUUGAGAAGUCUUAGUUCUUUUCAACUUUUAUCAAAGUUGUAGUACAAAUGUUCUCCUCUAAAAUUAGUAUGUGAAGUUUUGCCCCCAAUCUAAGAUACACCCAACAUUACUUCUAGCCCUCUUAAUAAGAUAACAAACAUGUAGCAGCUUCUGUAAAUUCUGUAAAGUCACAUGAAACACCUGCUGUCAAAUUAUUGCUUUUAUGGCUCUGUGUUUCACAACUUUAUGGGUCUAGAUCCCGGCUCUGUACUACUGAACCGCCACAAGCCCAGCGUGCCAGGUCCUUUGAAACAUCUGUCACAUCAUAAAGUGUCAACAGCAUCUGUCAACACUUAUGUUACCUUACCUGGGAGGGAAUGCUGAACAUUCCUGGUGUUUGGAGAUCUUAAAGGUUUUAAAGCAUAAACAGGUUGUUAAAUUGCGUUUAAAAGAAAGGAAGUGUUGUGAAGGAUGGCUGCUGAAAGACAAAGACAUACAUUGGUUAGAAAGUGUUUCUCAUAUUUGAAACCAGACUGUCGUGCCUCUAUCUACGUCCUUCUAUUUUGUUAUUCACUGUGAGCUGUGAUUUUGAGAGGCAAACUGAACUCUUAAGUUGAUACAGACAGUUUUCAGUCCUCAGCGGCUUUCUAGUCGAUGAAUAUCAGUCAGAGCAGAACAACAGCGGAGCAUUGGUGAAAUUUGAGAACUGGCAAAAUGUGGGUCAAACGUGAUUGUCGCCUGGCCUACUGCUCUCAUAAACAUUAACUGGUGAGCAGAGGGAAUUUGACUGGAGCAAGUCCUUACAGCUCAGUGAUCAUAAACUUUCCUUUAAGAUGGAAGAAAUACAUUGAAGUGUCUAUCUGUCUCUUUACAGAGUUUUGUUUGUGAUGGCUCGCUUUCAGAGUGGGUGAAGUUUAGUUGGUAGUUAAAUCAAUCACAUUUGUACAGGGAUGUGUUGCUGCUUGACUGAUGAAUCCCCUUCCUGCGCUGGCAGCAGCAGACUGGAGUUCGAGGAGUUUGACGUCACACCACGCAGGGAUUUAGGUUUUCUUCUUCUUAAUCACGUCUGCUACUUUCUACAUCUUGUGAGAGGUCCUCUUCUGACAUCUGGGUUCACCAACACUCUGAAGAGUAGACGUGAGACAGGGAAAGAUCACAGGUGGUUGACAAAACAAAGGCUUAUGCUCCCCAGAACAAAACAAACAAAUCUACCUGUCUACCUUUAGGAUUUCGUUGACUGGCUGUCAGAAAAGCUGAUCCUUGUAGCAUGUCAGGAUCUCCCCCCCUCCCUCCCUCACUCCCUCCCUCUUUUCAGCUGCCAGCAUGAUGCCUCAGCUCUUGCAGGGAUGGAAGCCCUCCAGCAUUAGAGGAAUUUAGCACUAUAAUCACUGCAUUUACUGUUAUUUACUGCCAUUUAAACUCUAAUGUGGCCCAGCCGUGCCUGAUGGCAGUUGGCUCCAUUGAUUGCCAGAGCGAGUGACACUGUGUGACUCUGAUGACCUCACUUAAGUUUGAAUAGCUGAUGAUCAGGAUGAUACCUCGUCACUGCCUCUCAGCCUCUUUGUAUCACUACAUAUGACUUCUAUUCAGCGCUAAUGAAUUAAGACUGAAGUGUGCUUGGCUGCUGAUCAAGAGCUUUUUUACCCUUUCAUUCAUCAGCUUUAAAUUGUCACGUCAACACUCAGGCUGUUUUGAUUCAUAUUCUUGGCUCGUUUGCUCCAUUUUGAGUCAUCAUUAAUAGGCUAAUUUUUGUUUUUGAUUCAGCCUGGGCUGGCAUUGCAGCAGGACUGUUUACCUGCCACUCCUAAUAGGUUUGAUCAGCAGGCCAGUCCGGGAUCACAGCAGGGUGUCGUUCGGAUUAAAGGUUUGUGCGGUGUGCGACCACAUUCAAGUACUCACCUUACUAAGCCCUUGAAUUUCUUAUCAAGGGCAGGCAGCAUAUGAAUUCUGGCUCCAUGCUGUGGGAUGCAAAACAGCCUCCUUUCAUAUUUUGCCUCUUGACCUGCAUCAUCUGAGCAGAUCACAGGUGUGCGAGGGGAGCAGUAAGAAAUGUACCAGGAGAGCAAAUGAGCAGUUUUGUAAAAUGUAAUGCAAAUGAUAUGCACUAGUUUUACAGAAGCACUUUCUGAUGUUUUUUUUUUUACUCAGCAGUUUCUGCCACAGAUAUAUGAAGGGGCAAUGUUUAGUCUAAUUAAGUUGUCGUUGCAGAAAGAAAUCUUUAUGCACUCCUGAUUAAACUUUAAAGCAAAUUUCAGGUAUUUUAACAGAGUAAACACAAGAAAUUGGAACAGAUCUUUUAAUCAAUUUAAUUAAGACUAUACCUUAUUUAUUUUACAAUUUACUAUGUCCAAGCUGUUAGGGCUGGGCAAUAAACCGAAAACUUACCGAUACCUAAAUUUACGACAAUAACUGCUGUCAUUUUGCCCAUGUCAAUAUAUUAGGUGUCAAAAGAAUAAAUGUAUAAACGUUGGUUUUGGAUGUGUUUAGGUAAGCUAUGGUCUCAUGUCCCUUAAAGACGCUGUCCUAUGUCAGAGACAUGACUCCACCCCAUCCAGUCCGUAACAAAGAGGGAAAGAGGAGAUGGAGGACGGUUCAAGAGUUGUAGAGGCUGGAGCGGCGGCUGAAGUAGAUGAAGUCAAUGUGGGAGGGGGUGAGCAGCUUGUGGUGUAAUUAUCGUCCAUUUGUCGUUUACGAGGUGAACUGCUCAAUCUAUCUUAAUAUUGAUAUGAGGCCACAUCGCCCAGCCCUACAAGCUAUAAAAGAUAUUCCAUUUAAACACAGAUACUUGCACGCUACACUCUGCUUACUGGCAGCUUUCUGUAACUGGCAGCCCAUGGUGUUGAAAUGAAGCCAAAAUGGAAGUGCAAAAACUGCAAUUAAUUGUCUGCUUGAGGUUAGCUACAUAAACUGAGAAUUCCCCAUUGAACAUCUGUUUUUAUAACUUUACAAGUUUUAUUUAUGUAGAUUUUGGUCUCAGUAGCUCAUUUCUCCAUUCUUGUGCUGCUUGAUGAGUGUAUUUAUAAGGGCUUUCUCUAGUCUUCGGACGACUCAAAUUGCUUAUACAUUACAUGUCACAGUCAGACACUGAUGGCAGAGGCUGGAAUCUAAAGCGCCCAUGAGCACUAAUCAAUCCCAUCCACACAUUGCUGGUGUAGAUUAUAAAGGUUUAAGUGUCAUGCCAAAGGACACUUCAACAUGUGGACAGUAGGACCGAACCCCCAACCUUCCAGUUGAGAGAGACCAACUCUAUCAUUGAGCCACAGCCGCCCCUUGAGCUCCUUUUCUGUAGUUGUGGUUGAGUGCUGGCUGAAUUGACAUAUUUUACUUAAUGAAAAGCUCCCAUUGAAGUCUGUGUCUCGUGAAUCCCUGGAGCCCAGGGGCUUGAUCUUGGAAAUAGACUGAAGCUAAUUGUAAUGCAGGGCCUAUGCUGUGAUAAGAGACGCUAAUUCACAUGUGACCUUGGCUAUGAAGUGAGUAGAAAUUUACGCCUAAUAUUCAUUGUUUGACGCGCUUAAAAGGGUGGAUUUCCUUCCAGAUGAAAACUGCAGUUUUAUACAGAGCUGCUGUGAGUUUAACACUAAUCCAUUACUAUGCCUGUUUUCAGUGUCACUGAUUUUAGCUCUCUGAAGGCUAAGGUUUCACUUUACUGCAGCCAGGGGAAUCAACUUUGUAGUUUCAAAAGGAAGCAUGUUUGGAAGCCUUUACCUCUCUGUAGUGAGGGAGAGGGAGACAUCUCAGCAAGAAGAAGAUGGGUUGUAAAUAAGGGUUGGCUAGUAUUAAACCUUCUUAUGUUUACAGCACUCUUGUAAUAUUCCAGUAAAUAUACUGUACGGAUGGCCAUAUCAUCAUCAUCACGUUAGAUGGGUUUAAUCUGCUCUUAUUGCAUAAUCAAUCCAACUCUGACGUUUAGCCAAGCAUUAGAGCAAAGCUUCAAAGUGACAAUUUAGCGUCUCUUUUUAAGUGCGCACUGACUGACUGAGAGCAUGUGAAAUGACUGCAAUCUCUGUGAGUCACAUGUACAGUAUGAGGACCACAGGCAAAUGACUCUGUGCAACAGGAAUUCAGCUCGGGCCUCAUGUGUCGGCUCCUCUGCCUCAGCAAACCACAGAGUUUACAUCAAACAUCCCAGACAGCAUCCACUUCAGCUUCACCGGCUUCACUGUUGUCUAAAUUUCAUGGCUGCUGUCAGUGGGACAGAGUAGUUUGCAGCCUGUUUAAAUGCCAUAUGGGGGACUAUAGGCUUAGCUGUGGUUGUUGCUGCUCUUCUCAAUAGUCUGCCCAGAUUACAUCUAAGCUGCUUUGUUUUAAAGGGCUGCUGCUGAAGCAUCCAGAGCUCCUGUUAUUUGUGCUGGGGUCCUGCAUCUGAAAUCUACUCCCCAGAUUAAUCACAUGAGUAGCCGUCAUGUCCAAGCCAAGGCUAAUUUGUCACAUCGGCAGGUCUGGGCUAGCUGUGCUUUUUUUUCCUGUGCUGACUCCGAGAAAUAUUUCGGUUUUUAACGAAAUUAAAAAAUACAGGUGGAGAUCAGAAAGUACAUCCACAGCUCUUCUAAUGGACUUUUUGUUGGAGGAUUCGUGAGUCAGAUGAAUGUGUUUAACAUCUCUUUUUUAUCUUAAAUGUGAUUUUACAUCUUAAGGGCCUUUGUACAUUGGCAUGUUUUUUUUUUCUUGCGCCAGCAGUGCACGCUGCCUCAGCUCUUUACUGAGCUUCUUUUAUUACUAAGCUAUAAAAGUUGUCCCACAUUAAUUCCACAUCCUUCAGAAUUAACCCUUUUAGCCCGCCUGUAUGCUUAAUGUUUCACAUCCUAAUAAAAAAUACAAUGUAAGAAAGUGAGUAUAUUUAAUUUAUAUAGCACUUUUCAUAGAUAAAAUCACAAAGUGCUUUACAACAAGGAUAAAAUGCAAUAAAUUACAGAGAAACACAAUACAUAUUAUGGCACAGAUACAGGCAACUUCGCAGAGGCCCCACAACAUCGACAUCAGUUAAAAGCUUGUCUAAAAAGAGGUUAUAAGUUUUCUCUUAAAAUAUUCAGUGGACUUUAUGCUGCAUAAGAAAUAGUAAAAACAGUAUGUCCUGGCAUUAACAGCUGCUGUAAAUAUUGUAUCCUUGAAAAAGAUGAGUUCCGAUAAGUUUUCUUCCACAGUUGUAGUUGCCAAAACUCAAAGUCCCGCCCCCUUCAUGCUUUGAUUGGUCAGUCAUGGGGAAGUGACAUUGACAAGCAAGGUGGUGUUUCAGAGUUUGAUUAAUGUUCAGCCAAAAACUCUUGAGUUUAUGACAAAACAGAAAAAACACAGCCCUGAAGACACUGAGCACCAAAACCUGCAGUGGUUGUUUUUUAGAGGUACAUAGUGUACACAGGCCCUUACUGAUUCGGUUCAGUCUUACUAUUUGCAUGAACGUUGGUUGUAGCAGCAGUGGGCAUCUCACCAAAAAGACAGUGGACACAGGACUUUUGAUCCAAUCUGGUGGGUGUGGUGAUGGAGUGUGAAAACAAUGAGAUAUGAGAUGAGUUUUUAACAUGGCUUUGAGGAUUUGACAGACUUUGACUUUCUAACUUCUCUGCUGUCAUAUUGAUCCUACCACUCAGGAAGUGGCUAAACUACCCGUCUAAGUUUUUCCAUGUCAACUCUUCUUCAUUAAAAAGCAGCACAAUGGGCAUUGUCUGAGGAGCAGAGGGUGAACACUGGCUGAAUCCCGUGCAGCAGGCCUGCCGAACAGAGCUGCUCUUUAUUCUGUGGAGAGCCCAAGACGAAGCCUGGCGCUGGACCCAGACCCUGCAGUGUGCGAGAGGCCAUCACACAUACCCCAAAAUGUGUGUGCGAAUUGGCCUGUGUAUGGCAUGUGAGUUUCUGCUGAGUCGGAACCCCAGGACGCUCACCCGCCAAUUAGCCGUAACAGAGCCGAGCAUGAAAUACCCGGGGAGAGAUGAGAUCCGGCAGCUCUUUACAGCUUCUCAGAGGAGGAUACGAGGUGCUGUGACGCUGGGCGAUAAUGUGCUGCUCAAAACCCCAAAGCGGAGCCCGGAGGCAUCUUGCUUGGCUGGCAGAGGGUCAGCUGAUUAUGUGGGAACAGGUCUGUUGGCUUUGUGCGGGCACUGCUGAGCUGAAACCACUGGGGCUUCAAUCAGUAUUGUUGCUCUUAGUCCAGUUUUGACAUCCGCACGUCUGGGGGUGUUUGGGUUUUUUGCACUGCUGCGUGGGUGGCAGAGUGCACCGAGUUUUGACUGAGCAAAGGAAUAUUGACUUAAACAUUUCUCUAAGACCUCUCACAGGGUUUUCUGUCUGAUAACACAUAAAAAAGAACAGUGUAAGACCUUUUUUCAGAUACUGGUCUCAAUAGUCUGGCUUAGUUAUUUCCUGUCUGAGUUACAGAAAAGCUGGGGCAGCUUUUUUCUCGGCUUUCCCUGACGUCACUCAGGAUUGAGGCUGGAGUUUGAAUGCAGCCCCGUGCUUGGCUCCGGGUUUCAUUGCUGUAGGUCUUCCUGCGUAAGGAGCAGGUGUAUAAUGACGCAGCCUGGAAAAGGCCAGCAGUGACCAUUCUAUUUGGUUACAGCCAGUCGCCAACGUCGUCCAUCAGGGCUGGUCCAGGGGCUGCACAAAAGACAAGAAGAGUCAUUGCUGUGUGGAGAAGUGCAUUAUGGUCAGGAUCUGACUGGGCUCCAGGGUGGCAGCUGCGCUAUUAAGUGAAAUAAGCCAGAAUGCUGCAUAAGGGUGGGUGUUUUUGUCAUGAACUGUUCAGAAGUCAUUGAUGGACUCGCUCUCAAGCACUGUUCUCAGAAAUAAGUCCAGAGAAGCCUUCAGAUGUUUGUGUCAUUGUGACACAUGAAGGCAGUGCUGUGGCUUCAGGGUCAGAUUUAUCCAUUGGUAUUGAUAUCAUUGUCAUUCUCUUUGAGAUUCAGUGAGUGUUAAGAGUGUGAUUAGAGGCUUCAUUGUAAAAUCAUUAUAAUGGUCUCAUGUUUUGGCUCAUUUAACCUCAUUUUGCUGCUUUUUGGAAGUGAAUAAUGUGGAUCUUUGAGGGCUGGAUAAGGAUGAGAACUCAUGCUCUAUCAGCUGACAUUUUGAAGUUGUUUGCACAUGUGGUCCGUCUUUUGACUUUUUGUAAGCUUCUACAAUAUGCACACUGUGUUCUUCCCCCUAAAUGUCAAAGUGUGCAGACGGAGCUGUAACACCACAUCCUCAACACUAAGAACGGUAGUUGAUAAAAAGCCUCAGUAGCACUUUAUUCUUCAUGAUGAGAUUAGUUUCUUUUACUUUGUCCUCUUUUCAAUGUCUUUUCUUGCAACAUAUGCUGCUUUCGAAGCCUCCGGAGUCAAAUAGGCAAGUUUUGUCUCGUAACGACUUGCCAGAAUUAACAUCUGCAGAGCUGGAUGGGAGGUCCUGUUGCAUAUGAAUGUCCUUCAGCAGCUCUUUGCCAAAGUUUGAUAUAGGCCCCAUCACAGCCCAGACAAUGCUGCAGUCUGUUGUUUCAGGCUUUAUUGGACAGAAGAUGUGCCUCACAGUCUGGACACCCCACAUAAACCCACAGCAGAGUGGACCAGUGUGUAUUUCUUUUGUUUCUAGUGAAAGAGAAGUUCAGACCUGGUGAAUUUCUCCCUUAAAUGGCAACCCAAAGAUUCAUAGCACCCUUUUCUUCUAUUUCCUCAUUGGACAAUUCAGCAUCACAUUACUGAGACAACCACCCGCAGUUCAAAGUGCAUCAAUCAUUUCAUGAAAUGAAGUCACUGAGUGGAUUAUUCUGCACUUCUUUUGUUCAGAUACAAAGACUUCAGGGGAAAUUAUUGAAAGGGAUGAUCUCUUGAGUGUGGCCUCAGUGCCGGAGGAGGAGGUGGAGACAUACUGCAUCACAGAGAGAAUUCCAGCUGAAUGAGGGAUGAAUAAAUCAGAUUUUAUGUCUUAGAUAAGGUUGAGCUAAAUCAGAACGCUCCAACAACAGGAAGUGCUCUGACACUGACCAAAAACAGUAAAAUCUUAGUCGACUGGUCGACUUAUCGGUCGAUACAUGCUGAGUCGACCAAAAUUCUGAUGUUACUUUCAUCAGGAGGAACGUACCAAGUGCUAAUGGGGGUGUUUUCAGAGCACGCCUUGUUACUUGCUGGAGCGUAAUCCAGUGUUUCCGCCAUGUUGGAUGGGUUUCCCCACUUCAGGUUCGCUCAAGAGCCAAACGGGGUCAAUGGAGAAUGAGCAACAUUGCCCGUAUUUGUGCACUCAAUGGUUGAAAAACCCGACGCAGUAUUGAAACCAGACCACGUAGGUUUACAAUUACAAAUAGGAUCAAAACAUAAUUUGGUUUAUUAUUAAUGUGUGACAUUGUCCUGUAAUAUGGCUACAUCCCUGCUGUUGUAAAAAACCAAACUCUGUGAAAAUCGUGCAGAGAUUCAGAGUUAUUAUUAAUAUGGUUGGGCAUUUCUACCUACCUUAAUACACUGGGGGCACAUGGGGGACCCAUCCAAGAUGGCGACCGUGCUAAUACAUGAGCUUCAUUAGGCAGCGUCACGCUUUGAGGCGUCUACGUAUAUUAUGUCUAUGUUCACAGGUAACAGCCUGUCUCAGAACACCCCCCUUGAUUUCACCAUUUUGGAUUCGCUCAACCCACUGGAGACCGGCUGGAGACAGGAAGAUUGAAGUACACCCAGUGGUUUGCUGAAUGUAAUAUUUGUGUUUAAUUGCCUUCUUGUGCUGAUAUCAGUAUAUUUUCACCCCGCCAAGCCGCGCUCUGCCAAGCCGUGUCAGGGGGUGGCGUCACGGUCAUAUAACCCCCCCAUUAGUCAAUUUUUGGUCCAAAUUGUCAUGGUUUUAGUUGACCAAGAUUUUCUUUGGUUGAUUACAGCCCUGAAACAGAUACACACAGGGUCAGUCGUCUUCAUAUUUUACAAUUACGCAGCAUAUUUCUACGUCACAAUAUAGCCAACAAGCACAGGGUGUAGUUGUUGAGGGAAGACAGAUUAAAAGCUCUGCAGGAUUAUGCUUGGCUGCCUCAUUAAAUUAGUCAGCCUCUGUUUCUGUGAUCUCAUUUAUCCCACCUCCUCAAAAGAGCUUAAAGACGCACCAAACUUUAUCUGAAGGUCAUUUUUUCCUUUAAAUCAUCACAAGUUUCAAGUUAAACUUCUGAUUCAUCCUAUAGGGAGCUUCAUACACUCCUGUGAGCCACUGUUUAUCUUGCAGAUAAACAACUUCCCUGAUUCAUAUAUUAUGUGUUCCCUUGAACAAGAACACGGACCCCACCUCAGUUCGGACACUUUCGCAACCUCGCAACAUCUGGCCCAGCUGGAACUCCUCCGUGUUCGUGCAUCAACUGUUUUAUUUGGACAACUUCCUACUGCUCCAAAGAGACUUCAUAAUGUUUCCGGUAUUUGAAGAAGCUUAAAAGCCAUUCUGUGUCAGCCAGGCCAACAUGAUAUUACCCGCAAUGUAAACAUAGCACCAGUUUCUGCAGUGCUGUGUGUGUUUGGCUUCGGCACAGACAAGAUUUUGGAUUUGAACAAAAGCUGAAUGAAAACAGCUGAUCAGCACAUCGGGAUUGUUGUAUCGAUACACUCCUAUGUUGUUGUUAGUUCAGUAAGAUAAUACAGGUACCACACUGAGGUAAAUGAACACUAUUUUGCUGGAAUGUGCUCGUGAAAAGAAAAUGAGAGGCCAAGCUCAAACACUGGAGCUCACCAUUUGGUCCAGAGACAUUCCAGCAAACAGCUUCGCAAACAUCAACUCCUCUGUCUCGAUGGAGGAGGCUGCUGAGCCGGAGCAGGGGGUCCCGGGGAUUACAAAGCUAAUCUGAGGACAGACAGGGGACACCUGUGCCCUCAAAGACCGCCAAGGAUUACGGACCCACGUGGCGCUAAUGAGGGGAGAACAGCUUGGGUGGAAUGGCGCAUGGCAUGCCUCAGGGCGGACCCACUGCUUUCUCCCUUCUGUAGGCGACCAUGGUUUAAUCCCUCCACCUUAAAUAUAACAGAUCUUCUAUGUGUGUGUGAGAUGCAGGGCUUAUUCACCUGCCUGAAGGGAAAAUGAAAACUGGAGAGUGGUACAGCCCAUCUUAGUCCACCUUCCUGGUCAGGUCUUUUUACAGCUCAGAUUAGUUUGCAGGUCUUUCUCUAUUCUUGUCAUGUAAAGCCGUUAAACUGAAAGUAACACUGCGGCUCAUGAAGCAAGUAUGAGGGGAGAAUAUCACAGCAUCCAUCCAGUCAUUUCUGGAGUAUUGAGCAACUCAGAAGUAUUUGUUGUGACUAGUCAUCAAUAAUGGAUGCAGUCAGAGGUUUUCUUGUUGUGGCAUGCAGUGUGGCGUCCUAACUGCUCGUAUAAAGACAGCUAGAGGUUUGAAAAAAAUGCAAUAAGUUCAGGGUUGGAACAUUUCAUUGAAUGAUGCAAGCUGGGUGUUUAUAAUAGAAAUUGGGGCAAUCUUUUGAGGGUCUUAAGUUCGACUUUAUUAUGUUUGUUUUGCAUUCAAGAGUGGAAAACACUUUGGAUUGAUUUGGAUGUUGUGCUGUUGGCUCAGCCUGAGAGAUGGGAGAUGUUUGUUGUUGUGGUGCAUUAGCAAGAAUGAAGGUAGCGAUACAUGAGUGUGGGUGUGUCUCUCUCAAACACAUUAAAUAGCAAGACCGCAGGGACAUAUCAGUCCCUGCUCUCAAAGAUGUCUGAGGGGCAGGGAGGCGCUGCACCGCACACUUCUCUGUUCUGACCUCAUUCUGUUUCAGUAUCUUGUUAUUCAGUGUUAUAUUUACCUUUCUUGCUUAAUUUUUAAUCAGCGUGUUUUUGAAACCAUCAAAUGAAAUCAACACACUUAACUCCAUUUUGACUUGCUGUACACCUCCUACCAUUAACUCUCAACUCUCUAAUGGAAUGAUGUCAGUUUUUGUUUUUACGUCAUCAAAGGAAAGCUGCAUCUCCAAACUCCUAACUAGCCCAGUGGUCAGUUUAUACCAGAGUUUAACAUGACUCGAUUGUACGCUGAUCCCUGCUUCUCAGUUUUGUUAGUCCACAUCUGAAGCAGGACCUUCAUGUGGGCUGAGUGUGUGUUUGCUUAUGUAGCCAGCUGUGCCUUCCCAGACCUCCUGGAAGGUGGUGGGUGGUUGGCGGGCUUCAGGCCAGCCUUCUAUUUUUACUCUUUUUAUGACUCAACCUGUCUAAUGAGGGGAUACAGGGACACUCAUAAGCUCAAUCCAGGUUCCUGAUCCCUGUGUCCUGGUGUGUCUUCAACAAUAACAUUAUUUGAUGUCGGUAACAACAGUGAAAGUUCAGCUCCUGAAUUCCACCUUAAACACCUCUUGUUAUCAGAUCACACUGCUGUGGAGAUGAAUGUUGUGAUCAUACUUCUUCUGAUUUUUCUACCUCAUAUUUUAGACAUAUGAUUCAAGUUUCUAUUUUCUUAAAGUGCUUUUGUUGAGUUCAGGGGCUCACUGUCUCCUGGUGUGGUGUCACACUCGGUACUAAAUUACUUCUACUUCCAAUAAAACCUUUUGUACUGUUACAUAAUAAACAGCAGUCAGUCAGUGUGAUUAACAUGCUGUAGAGUCAAAAUAGCCAAAGAGGAAGCUCCCAUUAUAAACUGGAGGAUGAGGACUAGAUUGGACUGACACACUCAUUGCUUAGUUGUCGGUAAAAAGCUAGUCAGCUUUUCUCCAUAACAUUUACAUAUAGAGCCCCUAAAAUAAAAUGUAGUCUUCAAGUGAUUUAAGCAGCUUUUAUCACUCAACAAAAUAUUAAACACUUUCCACCGAGAAGUCUAAAAAAUCUGGUAAACUAGAGAGAAGGAAAAGCAGGUUUUCUUCUUUUUAUAACUUAAUAUCUGCAUGUAAAAACUUGAUCAGGUGUGGACAUGUCCUGUGAAUAAAGAGUGUGACUAAGAUGGUAAGAACACAGGUAUUACACUUUGUUGUGGAUGAGGUGAACUGUUAAAACCUAAGCUCUAUUUUCUAACUCAGUAUUAGUUGUUGUGUGAAGUUCAAAUAAGAGUACUUGUCCUUUGUCAUUAGAAACUGUUGCUUACAGCCCAAACUCACAGCUUCAGCUCUUCCAAAUGUUUGCAGUUGUGCAAACUUUGAGCGCAGAUGUGGGACAGCUGCUCUUGGAGAUGAGUUUCCAGUUUGGCAGAGUGACAUGAGGCCAGACAUGUUGGAGUGCAAAAAGCCAGCAUUUCACAGAAAGGGGCUGGUCAUCCAGCCCAGUGAGUGCAUCAUCUUCUUUCUUCCUUUUUUUUGUUAGGCUGGAGGGAGUUUUAAUGCUUCAUUAUAACUGUUAAAAACAGCUUUGUUGCUGCUUGCACUCACUUGAACUGGCCACUUCAAAACAGUAUCACGCUCUAUUGUGUGUUACUUCUGAUGAGAACACCCUGCUGUUGAAUCAUGGGAUAAUUUUACUCUGUUUAUAUCUGUUGAUUCCCUGUUAAGAGUUUGAUGUUCUUGUGCAGAAUCUGUGCACCUAGGACCACACUUCAUUAUGAGGAGAGAUGUAGCUCCAUUUGUAGUAUGCUUGUAGUUUAUGCAGUGCUGGCUUAUCACGUGGUAUGGCUUAUCAUCACAGUAUGCAUGUCACUGUGAUGGAAGGCAUACAUCUUUAAUGUGUUUUAUAUCAAAUGUUUUAACUUCUGUGAGAAAUCUGCUUGAUGCAUUGUUGCAAAAACCCGACUUCCUCGAAUGCACCAGAAAUGAUCAAUCCAACCUCCUUUUAAUGAGAAGAUUUAAUAAGAUGAUGAGGAAAUCUGUUUGUGAAGGGAAGCUGGUUUUACAGUGAACCUGAGGCUGUGACUGACCACACAGACAAACAAGUCUACUAUGGUAGAUGUAAUGAACAACAGAACUAUAUCUGUUGUGACUAAUUUUGCCUGUCUUAAGUUUCUUGUUGAAUGAAGCAGCACACAGAAAAUAAGUUGUUAAUUGGUAUCCGGUGAUCGUCUGUCUCCUGGAUUCAUGUCUGCCAAGUGGGUCAAUCCUGUCAAAAAGUUCUCUGUACUGGUGCAGACACACUGAAUUACUACUGGAUUCCCUGAUAAGUUAUUUUAAGGCGUUUGUGUCUGUGGGUGUGUUUUCAGCUGGGUGGUCUGCCAGCAGGUGUUGGUGAAAAGCUCCUCCACCCUCCUCGACAUCACCCCAUUAAUAACACAGAUGCAGAAUUAGUGCGACUGUAGACGUAGGGUAACCUGACCCCGGCUCGCUGAGUGCCUGUCGCAGCUCAUUAGCAUUGGGAUGAAGUGACGGCCGCUAGAAGUGCUUCUAUUUGCUUUAGUUGGAGCCUCACCAAGCAGGAAGCCCACAGCUCAGAGCACCCACAGCCACCCAGCACACCACCCAGCGAGCCAGUCAGGAUGAGUCCAGCAUCUACCUACCCAUCAAAUACUCCUCAAAUAUCCAAAACACAGCAAAACAUCAGUCCACAAUAAAGAAGUAAAAGUCUGUUUACUUUUGUGUGAUAUGGUGAGACUCCUGUUGGCUUGACAGCACACUCAAGUGUCAAAUUGAGCUUUAAUGUGUUUAGAAAAGGAAAAAGGGGGUACUACUGAGUCUAGUCACCUAGUUAGCUGCCAGACUGAAUCAAUAGAGACUCUCUGACUUGAAUUCCCUGCAGUCAGCACAGCAGCAAUCAGCCGACCAGCAACAUCUGCUGAAUACUAAUGACAGUUCCUGCCUGUGCUAGUGCAGGAGACUGGCCACGACCAAUAUUGCUAUUAAAUAAACCUGAAUGCAGCACUUGAAGUUAAUGCAAUACGCCUAAAGAAUGCAGUAAAAAUCAGAAGCCAAUUAUACUCUGAAACUGAGAUUUCAAUUUUCAGGUGUAUUUUUCUACCUGUGGAAUCAAUUUGUUCAUGUUUAUUAGUGUGUAUUGACUAGGGGUGGGAGAAAAAAUCAAUACAGUGUAGUAUUGUGAUAUUUUGUCUGGUGAUGCAUUGUAUUGUCUCAUUUACCAAGUAUCAAUUUUUACAAAUUAAUUGCUAUUACAAAGUCAAAUCAAACGGAAAAAUAAAAUAAACUGUUUGUCCAGUGAGGUUGGCAGAGAUAACAUCAUUGAGUGGGAGAAAGUUAGUACAACAAAUAUAUAAAAGGUUUGCAAGAUGUGUGACAUGAAAAUAAAAAACAUAAAAGAGAGCCAAAUACCAAAUUAGCUAAACAGUUGCAAAAAUUGUAUUGCAAUAUAUCGCAUUGCAAUACUCACUGUGUUGCAAAAUGUUAAAAAUCGCAAUAUUAUCGUAUCAUGGCCCAAAUAUCGUGAUAGUAUUGUAUUGUGACCCAAGUAUUGUGAUAAUAUCGUUUUGUGAUCCAAGUAUCGUGAUAAUCUUGUAUCGUGACCCCAAGUAUCGUGGUAAUAUCGCAUCCUGGCCCAAGUAUCGUGGUUAUAUCGUAUCGUGGCCGAAGUAUCGUGGUUAUAUCGUAUCGUGGCCCAAGUAUUGUGGUAAAUGUAUCGUGGCCCAAGUAUCGUGAUAAUCUCAUAUCGUGACCCCAAGUAUUGUGGUAAUAUCGUAUCGUGGCCCAAGUAUCGUGGUAAGAUUGUAUCAUAGGGCAAGUAGUGAUUCCCAUCCCUAGUAUUCACAAAAGCAAACAGAUAAAGACAGAAGUGUGGCAGUACAGAUUACAAAGUUUCAGUUUGUCAACUUUUAAACCUUAUCAAUUUGUUUUAAUCUGGUCAUGUUUUUCACUUUCGUCGUCUUUUCUCAGCAGUUUUUAGUAAGAUUCAUGUGUUUGCCACAGCUCAAGUCUGAAGCCAGUCUAGGAUCAGACUACUCCAUCAGUGUCUCGACUCGAUUCUGGUCUUACUCGCUCAUGGAAAUAGGCUGGAUCCCAGGGCUUUUCGUCAUCCAUCUUCUUCUCGCUCCCUCCCUGAGCUCUGCUGGAAAAGUGGAGUCUGAGCGCUGAACGCUCACUGAUUAAUGAUCCAACCCAUCCAUUGAAAGGAGGAAAAGAACCCCAAGCUGAGCAGCCCACGAUGACCACAUUUUCUUUUCUUAGAAGUGGAAAAUAUUCUGCUCAGACCACAUUUAAUAUCCUGGUUGUGGUUGAUUUGCUUAUUUUUGAAAAUAAGACUGCUGAAGAGGAGCACAAACUUUAACUGUGUAAAUAUUUGUAUUAUAUGUUUGUGUUUGUCUGUGGGUGGCUAAUGAAUCUCCAGCUGGGUUACUCGUUGGAAUUAAAAUUUUCUGCUGACAAAUUUGGUUCCUCCUCGCUCCCUCUCAUGUAGGUGGGGCAGUUAAGUGCUGGUAAACUGUUUCCAGCUUUUUUAAUUCGCAUGAGGGCGGGCUGAAUCCUGCUUAUGUGAAAGUGAGCCAAAUUGGAGACAACUGCAGAGGUGUCAGUAAAGGAAGGAAAGUGAAGAUAACAGGACAGGGGAAAGAAGUCGUGUAACAGAUUUUGGAUGAGGCUUAUUCUUGGGGGUUUUUUGAACACAUGGGCUGGAACAGGACAUACGAUUCUCAGGAAGCCGCUCUGAAGACUACAAAUAUCUUGUUCAUUCCUGUAAUGUAAGGGAAGAAAAAUGUGAUAAGGGUUGUGUCUCAUUUUACUUUCACUGUCUCACUGUCUCACCCUCGUUAGUCUUGGUGCUCUGUCUGGGAUGUCUGGUCCACUUGGUUCAGUUUAUUACAGCGAGGUUAUGCUGAGUCGCCUCGUCCUCACGCUCGAAGCUCAGACAAAAAGAGCUCAGAUAUUUCUCUUCUCUUCCUCAGAGUUGUAACCUCACUCCCAUUAAGAAGAGACCUCCUUUCCUCAGACUUGACUUCUCUUCUGGGCAGAUAAUAUUUCAUUUUUUCCUGACCUAACUAUCUCCAACUCCCCUCUCUUUCAGAACUCCAUGAAUCUUCCUCCAGACAAAGCGCGACUGCUGCGACAGUAUGACAACGAGAAGAAGUGGGAGCUCAUCUGUGAUCAGGUGAGCGUCAAUCACUAAUUUACAUGUUUUUUUCAACAGAUGUGAUAACUUUGAUUUUGUUUUGAUCCAACCACCAUCUGAGGACAAAGGAGUACAUUGAAUCUCAUCUCUGAUCCUGUUCAUGAACUCAGGCUACACUCCUCAUGGAAAAGUCUUCUUCUGCUGAAACACCGAUCUCUGUGAAACCAUGUCAGGGAGAAUAUAAACAAGGGCCCUUUGGUUUACUUAUUGUAAAUCCCUUCAUUGGAAUCUGACCUGGUGGCAGCCGUGACAGGCAUUAAGACAACCUAUAGAUUUAGUGAGUGUUGGAGCUAAUGACCUGGUUUGUUUCUGUGGGUCACAUACAGGCGUCAGCAUAAAUACCUGGUACAGAGUUAGCUGAGCUGGUGCACACAGCUGUGUGUCUGGUUUGUUAAAUCAAGAACCAGAACCUUGAAAACAGCUGAAUCAAAUAAACCAAGCAGCUGUAUACUCUCUCACCUGUUCCUCUCUUGUCUAAUCCAGUAGAAGGUCUGAUGCUCUUCGUAUCGUGAGCACAGCUCCUAUGCUCCAUUGCCCUGCUUUUAUCCUGUAAGCCUGUCCUGGCCUUCACACCCGGCCUCGACUUGCCUGGUCAAGUGGGUUAAGCGGCACAGCAGGGAGCACACACCACUAAACCAGUUAAAAAAAAACUCAGCCUGUUAUGGGUGUCAGCGCUGCAUGCAGGAGGACAAAACAGAGGGUGCACGUUGUGCAGCGAGCUGUGGUCUGAGUGCUCCCCUCAGCCAGCAGCCCCGGUGCCAGAGAGUUUUUCUGCCUCUGUAAACAGAGAAAGGAAAACGGAGACAAGAUCAAGACCACCACCCACUCCAGCUGCAUUGAUACGCACUGACCCUGAAGGGAGCAGUGCCAGAGAGAGCUGACCUGGCGGCUGAUCAGCAGUCAGGGAUCCUCCUUCAGUUUGGAGUGGACUCCAUGCUCCUCUCUUAGACCUGAAAGGAAAAUAGAUGGUUUCCCUGUUAUUGUCAUGGGAGUACUUUUUAAAAGUGUUUUUUCACGACAGGUAUCGUGGGUCCUUGCUUUGUUUUCACCUUUCCCAGUGCAAGUAUGGUAAAGUGUGGAAAUAAAUUUGAUCAAUUAAUUAAUUAAUUAAUGAAAAAUAAAGGAUGGAAACAUAUUUAUGUUUCCGGACUAUCUCCACAGUUCUUAAAUAGUGUUUUCUAAAAUAGAAAAGUAGGUAUUUCCAAAAAUAAUUGGACUAAAAGUAGGGUAUAGAAAAGUAUGGAAAUUCCAACUGCGUAGGAACCCUGCUUAUUGACAGUGUACAAAGGAAAAGUGAACUCUUUCCACAGUUAUCCCUGUUUAAAAUGUUUCUUAUUAUAUGAAGGUUUUAUUUUGUUUGAUUAUUUUAUUGUAUCAUCAAUGAUUCAAUGGUAAAGAGUAACUCACUGUUAACAUUAAGAAUAUUGAUUUAUCUGGUUUCUUCUUAGUUUUUAUGAGUCAAAAAUCAGAACAUAUAGUUAAACUAGUCCUCCAAAGUAGUUAUUAUUCCUCUCUUGUUUUCCAAACAAGACAAAGCCCAUGACAGCACAGGCACCUCUGGGACCAAAGUAUUUUCUGUGUCAUAGCCAGUGUGAAUCUCUGUAUGUAACCAUGGCAACAGUGAUGGAAAGAGGCAGGGAGGCAGAGAUGACAGGUGUAUCCUCUUUGAAAAACAGGCCCUGCGAACGCUACCAGAGGUUGAAAUAUUAAACAUUUUUUAGGGCAAUUAGGAGGACUGAUGAAAUAUAGAGGAUGUCCUUGAUGUAAAGGUUAAAGCAUGCAAAGUACAAAGACAGGAGGAUGAUCACUUCCCAGGAUUCUCUGCGCUCUCGUUGGUUUUUCUGUCCUAAUAAAAGUAUCAGCUGAAGUUGUUCAUAAAGAUUGGUUGUGAAGCGUACCUGAAAACUUUUACAGCCUGAUUCUGCCUCCUGUGUUUUGACGUAGAUCCUGUACAUAAUAAUCAAACCUAAUAACUACAACUGAACAUUUUAGAGCAUGUUGAUAUGUUCUCCUACAAACCAGACAUGUCUGCUCCAUAAUAUAAUCCUCAGCUUCACGUUUACUCACGGCCCUUCAUUCCUUACAUUUCAUUGCAUGAAACAGGAUAUAUACAGUGCCUGCCAAAUCAUUUAUUACAUUACAAACUCUCAGAGCGUGUCUGUCUGCCUGUUGCUGUCAGGCAUGAGAGCCAGUUCUCUCUUCUCUCUCUCUCUCUGUCUCUCUCUCUCUCUCUCUCUUUCUUUCUUUCCGCAUGUCUUUCCUGUUUUUGUCAGACAGGCUCACUCUGGCUGGAAUAAAUGUGAUGUAGCUGAUAGUUCAGUACUCCCCAGAAAUUUGAUCCAACAUCAGUGUGUGCAGACAGACUGAGAGCGGCACAAUGAUAGGAACAACGUCACAAUAUAUUAUCCCUCAUUUUUCCACAGGGAUGGGGGGGUUAAAGUUUUACCUAAUAAUGCAGAUAUCUAGGGCUUGAUAUUCACUGAUGUAACAUUUGAAUUGUGUGGUCCUGUGAGUCUGACUACCUGUAUAUUGAUGAGAAAAGGUCAGGGGUCAGUUUUGGUGUUUGUUCUCAAACCUUUUCUGCGGAAAAAAAAGGGCAGAGAUGUUGUGAAACGUACUGACUCAGGACACUGUAGAGCUAACCCUUGAUAUGGGGAUUUACACCUCUCCUUGAGCCGAUUAAUGAAUGUACUGAAGUGCAGCUAAGGUCUUCACAUGAUGCUCUUGUAUAAAUAGAAACACUGUCACAGGUACUUACUGAUGUCCAUCUGAGAUUCUUGUUUACACUUAAAUGCAUUAAAAUCGUAGAUAUAUGUGUUUUCCCUGAAAGUCAGUCAGCCUGUGGUUCUGCCUCAACAUUUCACGAUAUAAAGAGAAUAUUUCCUCUCUGAGUUUUUGUGAAUUGUUGUACAUUAGAUCACCUCGCAGCACCACUCAUGCUACCAUGAUGGUGUGACUCCCAGCCUGAUCCAAAUACUGUUUCCCGCUCAACGCACUGAUCCAAAUCCAGUGCUAAUCUCUUGUAUUUAUAUUUAGAGCACAACGGUGAGGGAUUUGACCUAAAACCUGUUCCUGGCCCAACUUAAGACACGUAGGCACACAGCCAUACACGUUUAGUCACAAUUCUGGAGCUUCAUAGCUCAUUAAAACCAAUCAGUCAAUACUAGUCAGAUUUUUAAGUCCUGCAGGCUUAACAACUUAGAUGGUAAAAGUCUUCUAUUCAGCUUUAUCAGUGACCAUGUCUGUUUAGAGUAUCACCCUUCUGUCAUCAUACAACACAACCACUGAUGCAGAAAUCACUGCAAGGCUCUGGGUAUGUUGUGGCUAAAUGACUCAUAAACACCCAGUUCAGCUUUCCACACAAGAGGCCCAAAUAUGUUUUCUGAAGAGUGAGGAGAUGCUGAAAACUGCUCGGGUCUAAAAGAAAAUCUUCACUAAAGCUCAUGUGAUCUCAGACAAAGACACACUGUUUACUUUUCACCUCUCAGAGCAGAGUAUCAUCUCGCUGUUCUGUCACUUGACUCAUGGUGGUUUACUCAAAAGUCUUUUUCUGUUUCAAUUUGACGGUUGGACUUUUUUUUUUUUCCAUGUUUCUAUUUUCGCUCAUUUUCUUUUCCUUUCCCUUUGCUUAUCUUACUGUUUUGUUUCCCUCUGUUUGACAGGAGCGGUUCCAAGUGAAAAACCCGCCUCACACGUACCUCCAAAAGCUGAGGAGUUAUCUCGACCCUGCAGUCACCAGAAAGGUGAGCCCCCUCGCUAACAUGCUAUCCUGUCCUCCCCUUGGCCCAGCCCGGCUCUGUCACUGCUGAAGCUUUUCCUUCCCCUCUGACCCUCUAUCUCUUGUCCAGGAUAUCCCCACUACAGCUGAGGAAAGGGUGCUCACAAGGCCGCUGGAGUAGACAGCUUGGGAAAUUCAGUUAGAAAAGAGUGAAAACAGUGUGAGUCAGUGAGAAAAGAGACAGUUGUUUAUCUGGAACGCCCAGGCUCAAGAAACCUCUGUCCAGCUCAAGUCUCAUUAAGCAAGACAUUGAAUCCUUACCAGUCCCUUGUGGUGCUGUUUGGUGGUUAACAGCCUGCUCUGACCUCUCUGUGAGAAAGACCAACAGAAAAAAACACACAAGAACUCUCACUUUAAGGCAGAAAAGGACAAGACAACCAGAAAGGAGGAGGACUAGUUACUAAUUGCUCUAUUGCUGUUGCCUUGCAGCAUUAAAGUAGCAAGCUGUGGACAUCAGAAGCAAUGUAACUACAUGAUAAAGAUGGUCUUAUGUCAUCUAAGCUGCCAGCUCUCACUGCAUCUGUGGCUGCUGGAGAAAGAGCAGAAGAGAGUAAGUGGAGGGGGCCCUGCGAAGCUAAAUAUCAGCCAGCUCUCUGUCUUUGCCAAAAUAAAGUCUUUUAGGUCUCAGUGAGCAAGGGCCGUGGGGGGGACUACUGAAAGCCCAGCCUCUCUGAUAACCAAAUUAACCAACAGACGCUGCCAGAAUACCAACAAAUUGCUGAAUAAUUCAAUUUACAGCCACUGGAGUUAGGAUUUUGCAUAACAAUGGGUCAGCUAAAGCUGUAGAGCCGGGAUGACUGUUGCAAAAAAACAGGAAAACAAACAAACAAACAAAAAGACCCUCAACACACUGGUAUGCACAGAGGCGCAGGAACCCUAACACACCCCCGAACAUACAAACUGAGAGCUGAUGGACUGCAUUUUUCCCUCCUCAUUAAAAAAGGUGCAAAAUGUAUGCUGCGUAUGCAGAAAGGGGAAUCCUGCAGUACUGGUGUCCAGGACGAGAUUUCCGAAUGUUGUCACUGCAGUCAGGACUCCCGCUGAAAGAUUCAGAUGUUAAUAAAUGUAGUCACUGCAGAAUAACUGCUGUUCUCUCAGUGUCCACUUGAGGCUGGUCCCAACUGGUCAAAUGUUUAUACAUGUGGCAUACUGUGCGGCAGCAUGUUUACAGCCUGCAGGUUUUUAUAUGUAGAGGCUACAGUCCUCGUCCCACUAGCUGCGACAUCUAAUCCUGAUCCUGACAGUAUUUGUUGCGUGUCCUCCCCAUCCUGUACCAACAUUUUCAGCAUCUCAGUCGGUUUUAUCGAUACAGGAAAAAUACCAAGAACAAACAGAACAUACUCUAAGAUUUAUUAAAAGCUUACAGUAUGCGAGUUUGCAUCACAGCUGAGUAAACAGACAGUUUGGCUGCAAUGUAGCUGCUUGCCAGGAGGAUACCGACUAGGGGUAGGAGAAAAAAUCGUUACAGCAUAGUAUCCCAAUAUUUUGUUUGAUGAUAUAUUGUGUCGUCUCAUUGACCAAGUAUUGAUUUUUCAAUUUAAUUGCUCAUAUGAAGUCAAAUCUAUGAUAAUGGAAAAAUUAAAUCAACAGUUUGUCCAGUGAGGUUAGAAAGUUAGUACAACAAAUAUAUAAAAGGUUUGCAAGAUGUGCAACAUGAAAAUAAAAUACAGUGUAAAUAAGACAAACAUAAGGGAAAGCGAAAUGCCAAAGUAGCUAAACAGUUGCAAAAUUGAAUAAAUUGCAGUAUAUUGUAUUGCAAUAUUCACUGUAUCGCAAAAUGUUAAAUAUCGCAAUAUCGUGACCCAAGUAUUGUGAUAAUCUCGUAUUGUGGCCCAAGUAUCAUUAUUGUAUCGUAUCAGGGCCCAAGUAUUGUGAUUAUAUCAUAUUGUGGCCCAAGAAUCGUGAUAAUCUUGUAUUGUGACCCAAGUAUCGUGAAAAUCUUGUAUCGUGACCCAAGAAUCGUGAUAAUCUUGUAUCGUGACCCAAGUAUUGUGAUAAUCUUGUAUUGUGACCCAAGUAUCGUGAUAAUCUUGUAUCGUGACCCAAGUAUUGUGAUAAUAUCAUAUCGUGGCCCAAGAAUCGUGAUAAUCUUGUAUUGUGACCCAAGUAUCGUGAAAAUCUUGUAUCGUGACCCAAGAAUCGUGAUAAUCUUGUAUCGUGACCCAAGUAUCGUGAUAAUCUUGUAUUGUGACCCAAGUAUUGUGAUAAUCUCAUAUCGUGACCCAAGUGUUGUGAGAAUAUGGUAUCGUGGCCCAAGUAUCAUGAUUAUAUCGUAACGUGGCCCAAGUAUUGUGAUAAUCUCGUAUUGUGGCCCAAGUAUCAUCAUAAUAUCGUAUCGUGGCCCAAGUAUCGUGGUAAUAUUGUAUCAUGGGGCCAGGAGUAUUCCCACCCCUAAUACAAACCCACCUCAGCUCCACCUUUUUGCAUGUUUCAGGGUUGACCAAAAGUUUGGUUGAGUCAGUGUUUCCAAUGAGGCUUACAUCAUAAUUAGGCUUUGAAAUCAGUCCAUGUUUGAACUGUCCAUGGAUGACUACCACUGGUGUCAGAGAGUGAUACGCUUCAGUGUGUGUCUGAUGUAAUGCCUGGAAGAUAAAGCACACAGGAGAUCUGAUAAAGACAGGAAACAAGAGGACACUGACGCACGCUACAGAAGACCAAACACUUCUAAGGUUAAAGCCUGAUGGUUUGUGCUGGUGCAGUGAUAGUGACAAGGUUAGACAGAGGCUUGUUGAUGUCUCAGUUGACCCUCUUGACUGGCCUUGAUAGUCUGACUAAAAUUCCUCUUCUCUGCUUAACUGAUAUGCUGUUAUUGAGCAAGGGGUUAAACAUCCAACUAAGAAAGGCUGAAUAAUUGAGAGAGCGUAGAGGGGAAGAAAGAUGGACAGAGAACAAGAGAGAGGGAAAAGAGAAACACAAGAGAGCACAGAGGAGGAGAGAGAGAGAGAGGGAGAGAGUUAUGGGCUUCUUUCUACAUUCCUGCUCCAUCCCCCUUUUCUUCAAACCCAAAACAAUUGCCACUUUGUGCGGCUGUGAGAGAGCUGGAGGUCAUUGCCUCUGCUUUCCAUAGGCAGGCUCCGGUGCAUUCCUCUGGGCAGCUCCCAGCCAAUCACCAGCCAAGGAGGAAGAGCUGCAGUCCAACUAGUCCCCAAGAAUGUAUCAGGCAUUGAUUUGUUUCCAGGAUGACCCCUCCUGAGCUCACACUCCCCAGAAUCUCUCUCCUUUUACCCCCUCCACACUUUUAGUGCUGAUUCUCCACUUUUACUUCCCCCUUUCCCUGCUCCCCUCUUGGCUCCUCCUCUUCUUCACCCGUCUCCUUUAUGCUGCCUUCUCCCUCUCCCACCUCUGUCUGCUCCCCUGUCUUCCUGCUCUCUCUGUGAUGCAGCUGGUAGUACUUAAAGACUGUGGAGUGUAGGGCGUUUGGUAGGAGAAGGAAGAGUUGGAGGGAGGGAGGGAGGAGGGGUGCCUCAGGGAGCCUGCGCAGUACCCCUAAAUAUGCUCUGCUUUCCACACAAACACAUAAGGGGCUCCUCCCUAAUAAAAACACUCUGUUUCUCAUCUCCUCAUGCGCCAAACACGCCGCCCAGGCCCAAAGACACAGACUACAGAGAGAAAGAGAGAGAGAGUGAAGCCAUGGGAACAGCUUUCUCCUCUGUGGAUGUUAAUAAUAGGUUAACACAGGCCUGAGCUCUGUUUCCUCCCUGAUACUACCACAUCAUGGAAUGGGACCAGGCCCUCCAAACCUGGGUGGAUCUCCUCUCUUAAAAGUAGUGCACAAAUACCCUCAACAGAAGAGGUGUUUUUUAUAACAGCAGGUGUUAUUGUCAUCAUUGAUUGAUUUUUCCCCUAACUCAUCUAAACUUUAUAAAACAUCUUUCAUUCAAACAAACCACUACUUGAAGGAAUAUGCCGGCGUAAAUUUAAGUUAUGGUCAAACACACCGUACCACCAAGUUAGACACCCUCUUGAGAGAUGAAUGUUCCUGACCGCUUGCUUCUCUAGUUAUACCAAAUUUAGUAACGACUGCAUGAUAGUAAGACACAGCGGUCCAAGGAGCCAUAAACAAACCUCAACCCAAACACCACUCUAUAGCCACAAAUGAUGCUCAGAACAGCACCUAACUUCAUCAACAGUACAUAUAGGGUCCCAAUCAUAGUACUAGCCAUCAAACAUCUUUUUAACUUUGCCUGGUUUCUUUAGCAAAGAGACUAAACACAACUCACCCACUCUCCUCCAGUAGCCCCUUGUUUGUGGGGGAGCCCUGGCGAGUCGAUCACAGAGUGCAGCGGAGUUCCGCAGCUCAAGGAAGAACAUUUGUGAUCAUUGCUUUAUGGAAAUGCAAUCAGAGUUCUUGUGUAUCUUGUGUGUGCACUGCAGACACGGUAGUUCUUCGGCCUAAGCGUCUCAGUCUGAUUGCAUUUCCAUGAAAUAAUGAUCAAAAUCUUUCCGCUGCACUUGGUGAUCGACUCAUCAGGGCUUCUCCCACAAACAAGCGGCUGCUGGAGGAGAGUGGGUAAGUUGGGUUUGGUCUCUUUGCUAAAGAAAUCAGGCAAAGCUAAAAGAUGUUUGAUGGCCAGUGCUAUGGCUGGGACCCUAUAUGUACUGUUGAUGAAGUUAGGUGCUGUUCUGAGCAUUAUUUGUGGCUAUAGAGUGGCUGUUUGGUUGAGGUGUGUGCGUGGAUCCAUAGACUGCUGUGUAUUACUAUAGUGUGUUAUUACUAAAGUUGAUUUAACUAGAGAAGCAAGCGGCAACAUUCAUCUUUUGAGGGGGUGUCUAAAUUAGUGUUACGGUGUGUUUGACCAUAACUUAAAUUUGCGCCGGAAUAUCCCUUUAAGUGUGUCUUAAACUGAGCGCUCUGGAAGUUCCUACCAGUAAAUUGUGUCAAUUAAAAGCACAGUGAUGCUGUUAUAUCUGUUGCUGGUAUCAUGAUGACACUGCAGCAGUUUCAUUACUGUUUGCUAGACAGGACAAAAAUACAUGUGGUUAAAUUAGAUAAUUCAUGACUCACAGAUGUUAGUUAUAUUUGGAUUGGUGCAUGUAUGCUGACAGUACUAGCGAAAAGGGAAAGUUUUAGUGUGUAGGAAUGGAUGCAUUUAACAGUAUUUAGCUGUCAGAAUCUAGACUGAGGCUCUCUCUCGCUCAUCCCUCCCACUGGUGAAGUGAUUGUGACCUUCAAGGACGAGGAGCUCCUGUGAUGCAUGAUAAGCCCGAUACUCCAUUUGUCAAGUUAAACUAUCAGAAACUUCCUCACUGCAAAAUUAUUUUGUGCACAAAAAUAUCCACUCUUGUUAGUGGGUUCCUUUAGUGACCACCCACUUGACAGAAAAAUGCUUUAUUAUGAUUUAGUCAUGAAUCCCACUCUUGUCAUAUAUUUAUAGAAUUAAACUUUUUGAUUUUUCUUGAUCUAAACAACAUUUUUUUGAGUUAAACAUUUUUGAUGAAUCUCUUCUUUUCUUCAUGGGAAAAUGAAAGAAAAGAUGUUUCCUAUUCAUGAAGACAAAAGAGUGAACACCUUAAGAAGUUUAAAGGUGACUCUGUUUUGCCUGAAAAAUUGUUAAAUGAAUAUUACUCAUAUUCAAAACACCUGAAAAUUACACACGUUAUCAUGGCUGAACCUUCCAGGAGUGAUUUCUUUUUGCCUUUUUUUUCUGUAGACAUACUGUCUCUGUGUGUGGCUGUAUGAAAAGCUGAAUGUUUACUCCUCCUCUCCUCUGAUGCAACACUGUCUCUCCCUCUCAUCAGGGAUUCCCCCUCCUGUUUGAUCACCACUGGUCACUCGCUCGGCCUUUGUGUUGUUGCUGUGGUUGUGUAACAGCUUGGAGGCCCUUUUUAGUGUUUGGUUGUGCAGAUCACCUCCUGUUGGUGAACAAAAUCAAAGAGGGACCCGCACAUGUCCUCUUUUUUUUUUUUCAUUUCCUGUUGUCAUCUGUUUAUUCUCUGGCGGCUCAUACCGUCAUGCCUCAAGUGCACACACACGUCUUCCCCAGCUGUGGCCACACAACACAAUGUAGACUGUGUAUGUCUUUGUACAUGCAGAGAUUUUGCAAAUGUACCCGUCAGGUUAGAUGAUAUUGUCCUGGUGCUACGAGGAGGGAUUACUGCUACAUAAAGAACCAAUGUGAGCAAACAGGAUAACGGGAACUGUUCCACAUCCACAGUUUCCAGUGAGUCAGCUUUCUCUCUUUUUUAAGCCUGCUGAAUGGUUUCUGGCAAGUAAACGGCUUGGUAAACAAUCUUAUGAGAACAUUUUAUUUUGUAAUCAGCACACGGCUAGCUUGCUUUCAAAUUUAAAUGUCACUGUGGUUUCUAUCUGUACCCCUCGGUCUGACCUUUCCUGCAGAAAAAACGUAUUUCCAGCCACAACAUCCCCUGCUCCGAUGAUUUGCAUUGAUCUUUUACAAUUCCUGCGCAACAAUGAAUUAUUAACUCCCUCUCUUCGUAUUUCCUUCACAGAAAUUCAGGCGGAGAGUUCAGGAGUCCACCCAGGUCCUCAGAGAACUGGAAAUUUCGUUACGGACCAAUCACAUCGGGUGAGUCAUUGCAGGCUCUUGUGUGUGAAGCUUGUGCAGUGUUGAAUGUCCUGGACCUGGUUAUAUUAGAUUCAAAGGGGGGAAAAAGUCUGACAUUCCAGACACCCAGAGACGCAGACAUUGACGCUAACCACUGCCACCACCAUCCCCCAUUCAUCUCAGCGUUGUGGCCUAAUAUUACCCAGAAAGCCAUGUGGCGAUGCAGAAAAGAUGAAUCCAUUGAUUGUUUUGGGCAGUUGACAUAUGAACUACAUCAGGAAGGGAAACACAAUUUUACCGCUGCUAAACCAGAUCCUCCUUCAUAAAGAGGUCUUAUUGUUCGUAUUACUAAAGAGAUCAGGAUUUCACAACAGAUAAAAAACUCUGAGGGAUUCCAGGUAUUCUCCGAUAACAAGCCCCAACCUGCAGCAGCUGAUAUUGAUUCAGGUUUGUACAGUCAUCCUCAGAGGAAAGAUCAAUAUCUCAAUGAGCUGCACAUAGUGUCUCAGAGUUUUGUCUUUGUCUGGAUCACAGGGCGUGUCGUGGUGAUUAGAGACCCUGAUAGGUAGAGACUGAGAUGAAUCGCCCUACAUCGCUAAUGAGGCCUAAUGCACUCUGGGAAGUGUGGGAUGUAGUAGACUCAUUCCUCAAGGCAACUUCUGAGUAAAGAGAGGCAUGAGAAUUUUUCUGAGUCAAUUCAAAACCCUCUAUAGUCAUGGUUUCUAAUGUUUUUUUUUUCCAUCUGUUAUUAGGGAUAAGACUUCGAGUAGGGCUGGGUGAUAAACCAAAAAUUUACAGAUACCGGAAUUUACGACAAUAACCGAUGUUAUUUUGCCCAUGUCAGUACAUUCGGUAUCAGAAAAAUAGAUAAAUCAAAGUUGGUUUUGGAUGUGUGUAGGUAGGCUAUGGUCUCAUGUCCCUUUAAGACACUGUCCUACAUCGGAGAUGUAACUCCACCCCAUCCAGUCCGUGACAAAGAGGGAAAGACAGGUGAGGAGAUGGAGAACGGUUCAAAAGUUGUAGCGGCUGGAGUGGUGGCUGAAGUAAACAAAGUUAAUAUGGGAGGGGGGUGAGCAGCUUGUGGAGUAGUUAUCGUCCAUUGUUCCUUAUUGAGGUGAACUGCUCAAUAUAUUGUGAUAUUGAUUUGAGGCCAUAUCGCCCAGCCCUAACUUUGAGGGUCAUGUGAUUAUGCACUUUCUUUCAGACUCACAAAGAAUUUGAUAAGCUGGAUCGAUCGUCUGUGUACAAACGAGUGUAUACUUUGGUGAUGGAUUAGAGUGUGUGACCAAUUUCAUAGAUGAAGUCCUGGGUUUUGGUAGAAAUAAACAUGUAGAAGUUUAAAAGGAUGUUGAAAGUGGGAGGUCACAGGAGACAUGGAGACCCUGUCAAGGACAGGAAGAGGCAGCUCUGAGAGUAUCUGUGGUGGAAGAGCAGCAGAGAUAAAUUGGUUAUAUAACCAUCACAAGACUACACACACAUUAUCUUAACUUCAUCUCAUAAUCCUUCUGUUUUUCUAGUUUUCCUCUUUGCAUCUCACACACAGAAUACUUUACUCCUCAUCCACCGCUCUGACUCUCACCCACAUCAUCGCUUGUUUCUAACAACGCAGUCUCUCACACUCCUACGCUCCGAUUACGAUUCUGCUCCAACCAAAAUAAACUGCAGCCACAGCCAGAGACGAGGUCUGUCUGGCCAAUCAGUGGAGGCAUUGUUUACAUGGAUUAACUCUUUUUAGAGGCCUUAUGUUGGUAAACUAGAUUACAUGAUUAAUCUAUCUAAUCUAGAUUAGAUGAUGAGGCAUUACCAUAACGGCAGAGGUGAAGAGAAUAGGAGGAAAGGGUGGUGGUGGUGAGGGAACAAGAUGUCACCCAUUCAGACAGUGAAUGAUUACAGCUUCUUCUUUUCAGAGGUGAAACAGAGAAAUGUAUAUCCAUCAUGCAGCCUGUGUGUAUAAAAGGCAGAUUGUCCCUGUACAAGAGCUGUGGAUGAUAACUCCAGCGCCCUGCCUGCCUGCUCCUCACAUGUUGCUCAGCGGUCAACAACAUGUGGUGAAUGGGAGGAUUGUUAAGUUAGUGUCCUGUGGUCGUGAUUACCAUAAGGCCCGAUGAGGCCGUGCAACCCCCCCCCCCCCAAGCCCUUUUAAAACACAACGGCCCCACCAGGCACCACUUUCCUGGCCACUCUCGUUAGUCAUGCUUGCUCCCAUGUAGUUACACCACACCACAGGGGUGCCAAUAAAGAAGCAGCCACUGGAUAUUUAAAGCGCUUUAGCAUUACAUCUUCAUCAGCGCAGUGCUACUCAAAAAGCCUGCAUGUGUGUCAUUAUCUUUACGCCCCGCACAUUUCUCUAAUCACUGAGCAAUCAGGCCUGUGGAAGCAGUUGGGGCUCCAUUAAAAAGACAUGCAUCCCUCAUGGGUUGCCAUUAAAUAAACAUGUUCUGUGAUAUUCAGCUCAUAAAUAUGGAGGGAGAGCCGCUCAUGCCAAAGGUAGCAGGUGCUUUCCUGCAACACCUGAUUUUUCUGUGCAGAAGUUAAAAAAAAAAAGAAAGUGUACUGAAGGAAUUUCUGUCUUUUUUUAAAGGAAGGGUGAGAAGAAUCAUCCUGAAGGCUUGUCUCUACCAGAGUGAAAAACUGUGUGCUUGUCUGAGAAAUGGAGAGAGUUCAAACACAGAGACUCAAGAAUGAGAUUCAGACACAUGCAUGAGUGAAAUGUUUCUGAGCCAAGAAACUUCUUUGAAGUGUUGUGAAUGACUCAUUACAAUGCCUCCUGAAGAGGAGAGGGAGAGAGAUAGAGUAACCAGAAGCAUUAGUAUGCCAAGGUCAGGCAUGGUCAAAGCCUGCAUAGAGUGUGGAAAACACUGAUUAAUACACAUACUUUUUUUCCAGGUGCAUAAUUUUUAUUCAGUCUCAUUUACAGUCGUGGCAAACUUCUAUUUUGUUCUACCUCCUAAAAAAGAAAGUUUAGGACAUAAAAUAAUCUCAUGUUUUUGUGUUUUUAAAAGUUUGUUGAGUUAAAACUAUUUCUGUCCUCUUCAGGUGGGUGAGAGAGUUCUUAAAUGAAGACAACAAAGGCCUGGAUGUCCUGGUGGAAUAUCUUUCUUUUGCACAGUAUGCCGUCACGUAAGUCACUACCAGCUCUUUCUCUCCUCUGUAUCACCGUCGUAUCUACACUGACAACCAACACAAUGCUGCUAUUCUGCACAGCCACUGAUGCAUCUUCCCACAGCAGCACCACUUCUGCUGCUCAGAAACACUGAGUCACUCAGGGCUCAUUGCUGACACAUUGGCAGUGUGUAUUAUACCAACCAUAGGCUUCUAUUCAUAGAUUGACGAUGUGAUUAUUAGUCAGUCACAGGGUUCUUGUUCAGGGCCAGAGAGCCACACAGUUAAGUUUUAAUUCACUCUCCACUCCACCGUAUGUUAUUAUGGUCUGUCCACAUUAUGAAUGGUUAGCCGUAAAAGUGUGUUUACCCUCAGUACUGCUGCAGCAGCAUUUUGAAGUCAUGGAAACAAGCAGACUAAAAAACGGACAUAGAUCAUGGCAGGUAUGCUUCAACCACCAGCUCUCUCCAAGAUUUCUGCCAAGUACAACAAAACUUGAGACUUUUUCUUUCCCAUUAUGGUUUUAACCCAAAUCCUGAAAAUUUAGCCCUGGGACUGGAAUAAAAUUUGACCUCUGUCAACACACAUCAAAACAUGUCUGGCUCAUACACAGGGUCUGCUCUGACUCAACUCAAAUAGGUGUACCUUUAAUUAAGAGACGUUGUUUUGUCUAACAGUGUUAGUGUCAAAGACAGAAGUUUGACUUUACUGGCUCACUGAGGAACUUGUUUAAAGGAGAUCUUGAUGGUUAUUUUAAAGGGAUAUUCUGGCGUAAAUUUAAGUUAGGGUCAAACACACAGCAACACAGAAUUAGACACCCCCUCAAAAGAUGAAUGUUGCCAAUUUUGGGUGUCUCUAGUUAAACCAACUUUAAUAACGACCACACAAUAGCAAUGUACAGUGGUCUAUGUCUCUAUGCAAAAACCUCAACCAAAACCCCACUCUAUAGCCAUAAAUAAUGCUCAGAAUAGCACCUAACUUCAUCAAUAGUACAUACAGGGUCCCAGCCAUAGUACUAGCCAUCAAAUAUCUUUUUAACUUUGCCUGAUUUCUUUAGCAGAGAGACUAAACACAACUCACCUACUCUCCUCCAGCAGCCGCUUGAUUGUGGGGGAGCCCUGAUGAGUCGUUUUCCGAAUGCAGCAGAUCAUUUCCUUGAAGUAAUCAUCAUAAUAAUCAUUUUGCACUGCUGACGCGGUAGUUCUUCUGCCUUAGCGUCUCGGUCUGAUUGCAUUUCCAUGAAGUAAUUAUCAUAAAUGUUCUUCCUUGAGCUGUGAAACUCCACUGUACUCGGUAAUCAACUCGUCAGGGCUCCCCAACAAUCAAGUGGCUGCUGGAAAAGAGUAGGUGAGUUGUGUUUAGUCUCUUUGCUAAAGAAAUCAGGCAAAGCUAAAAAGAUGGUUGAUGGCUAGUACUAUGGCUGGGAUCCUGCAUGUACUGUUGAUGAAGUUAGGUGCUGUUCUGAGCAUUAUUUGUGGCUACAGAGUGGCUGUUUGGUUAAGGUUUGCGCGUGGAGACGUAGACCACUGUGUAUUGCUAUCGUGUGGUUGUUACUAAAGUUGAUAACUAGAGAAGCAAGUAGUUGGCAACAUUCAUCUCUAAAGGGGAUGUCUAACUUGGUGUUACGGUGUGUUUAACCAUAACUUAAAUUUAUGCCAGAAUAUCCCUUUAAGUGCUACAUAAUAAGCUGGUACGCUUGGCUCAAGUCGGAGAGUUGGCAUGUUUUUUUAGAGCCACAUUUGAGAUCAAGUAUUUUAUCCAGUCUCACUUUUGGGAUUAUGUUUCAGUUGUUACUUUCACUCGGUGUAUCUCUUUGGUGAUAAAAAUGCAACACAGCUGGUUAGGAAAGCUCAUAACUAGCAUAACUGUUCAGAGCAAAGCACGCUCGCUCUGAUGCCAAACACUUUCCUGAGACUGUCAGCUCACCUGCAGAGGAAUUUGCCCUCUGCAGACCUUUAGUAACUCUGAGAUAUUUGACAUUUUUGAGGUUUAUAAUGUAACACAACACAUACCAGCAUGACUUUCUGCCAUAUCAGAAUGACCCCAUUAUUAACCAAGCUUAGAAUAAUACAUAUUUGUUGUUGACUUCUGUUGUUGUUGUUGAAAUCUCUUGUUUUUCUUGUUCCUUUGGUGCUCUAGGUUUGAUGGAGACCUUUUGGAGAACAACCCUGAUGCUGGGAUGGAUAAGUCCAAACCCUGGAGCCGCUCUAUAGAGGACCUGCAUGGAGGAAGCACUUUGCCGUCUCCCAUCACGGGGAAUGGCAUCACACGUGCUGGACGACAUUCCACGUUACGGUACAAUCCCCACACAUGCACUUACUGACGGCUGAAAUGAUUCACGGUUUAUAAUGUGUCUUUGUGUGAUUCAUGACUUUAGACUCUUUCCUUUAAGCCUCUUUUUUCCUCUCUGUCGCUGAGAGUUAAGCCAGAGCAGUGCGGUCAUAUUAUGAUUAUUUUCAGAAGUCACACACUUCAUAUGAUGCCUCUGCAGCCCCUUCAUGUAGUCAUGAGGUCUGUAAGACUCUGAACAGCUUUGUCUUGGUCAACUUUUAUUGUGAGAUUCCUGUUUUGCUUGUUAUAAAGAAAGAGACUGACAGCAGUGUUUCAUGUGACAGACGCUGCAGCAGAAGGAAAAAUCCCCUUUUAUAGAGCAAAUCCUGUUUCAUAGUUUUGUUUUCAUGAACACAAAAUAAACCAGUUUAGCUCCAAAUCCAGUCUGCCGGGGAUUUCACAGCAGUUAAUUCAUAAGCUCAUGCUAAUAUAUGCUCUGCAGCACAAAUCCCAUUCAGUUGUGUAUUAUUUCUCUAAUCCUCCCCAUCAUUCCUCUGCAGAGUCUGUGCAGUCCUGUCCCUUAGUUUUCUCAAAAGGACCAGUAAGACUACAUGGAGAACCAGUAAAAGUAUCAUUGCUCAAUAUGAGUCAAUGUUAGCGCAGUUUAAAGGCUCAUUUAUGCUCGCCGUAUGUAUAAAAAUGUACGCGUUCGUUUCAAACAAUGGUUCCGUCACUGCCCACAUUACUUUAAUCAGUCCUGUAUGUUGGCAUGGAUGUUAUCCAUUGUAUCCACCAGGGGGCAGGCCGGAGUCCAAAGUUUCUGACAAAAACAAACAAAAAGAAACAUGGCGACUGUGGAGGAGUUCAUGAUAAUGUAUACUUUUGCAUAGGAGAGAGAAACGGCGGCAGCGUUGGAGGAGGCGGUGGUCAGUCAGGUCACUAAAUGCCUCUCAGUUGGUGGACGGAGAAUUCUUUUCUCGUUGAGAGAAAUUGAUAAUGAUGAUCCUCAAAAAGCCCCACCAUUGCCUUCCUUGUUUCUCUCUAGAGAUGCGUAUUGAGUAGUAGUGACAGCAGUAACACUACCCCCAUGGUUUCCAGUGGUAUUGCUCUGCCUGGCCCGUAUCUGUAAACUUCAAGGUUACGUGCAGAAAUACAGAUGAAAAGAACAUGAAGCAGGUACAGAGAGUUGUGUCUGUAUCCGGAUCCGUAUUUAACGCUGAGCAUAAAUGAGCCUUUAGUGUAACUGAUAUUCCACGGCUCACUGUGGACAUGUACCUGUCUGCUGCCUUCACAGGUUUAGAACAUGUCGAGUUGGUAAAAAGGGUCAGAAGUGUCUCCAGUGAGGCUGACUGUCUUUUUUGUUCCUCCAUAGUCAUCUGCUCCUCUGUCUGCCAGUCCUCGACAGCAGGCAGGUCUCAGGUUCACUCAGCCCGCUCACACUCUUGCAGCCCUGACCCUGCAUCCCUGCUCCCGUCCAACACACACACACACACACACACAUAUUCAAAUAAUCAACCCCCCCAGCUCAUCGUACUUUAUAGGUCCCUGCUAGCGCUGCCCAGUUUAUUUGUCUCGCUGUCUGUGUUGGGGAUGUGAAUUAUUUGUACAGCCAGCCUCCCCUCCUGCGCCCCGAGACUGAAUUCUCCUUCCCCUCAGAGCAAAUGGUUUUUCUGUGCUCAUUGUCCUCGCCUCUGUGCCUGUGUGCUGCUUGUGUGGCUUCCUAAAUGCCAUUCUUCGCAGAAGCUAGCCUAGUUUCUACAAAAGCUCUGUUACGGUGAAGCCUUGUUGCUAGACCAGUGAGGACAGAUAACAUUAGGUAGCAAAAAAAUCUUCUGUAUUUUGGAUGCUUUUUCUGUUUUAAAAGAUGUCACAUUACUGUGAAGUAUUUGAUCUAUUGUUGCUGGAUGAAAUGUCCAUUAUACAGAACCUUUUUCUUUGUCCAUGUAAACAUCUCUAUAGAGUAAAAUAAUGUCAGAUCUGCAACGUUUGGGUGUUAAAUUCAGAUUUGUGUUCUUUUAAAUGGCCAACCUGAAGGACGCAGAGCACUGUAAGCUGUCCAAAGUGCUCCAAAAUAAACCGGUACGUCUGAAGAGCUUCAAAGAGUUCGCUAGAGACACACAUAUCUAUGUUAGAUGUAGUUAUAGAUGUAGUGGUUUAUGUUGUUUUUGUAGAACUCACUCAGUGUAGUUUUUUUGCAUUGAUAGUUUUAGAUCCAGAUCCAGAUUCCCCCUCCUCUGUGAGAGUAAAUCCACUUCACUCAAACACAUAAAUGUUUUGGUUUUACUUCAAACAAUUAAGCUCUAAACCUUCUUACUUUUUAUCUCAUCCUGACAAGCCAUUUGGUCCAAGAGUAUUGUACGUAAUUUGUUCUUUAAAGUUUGGUUGAGUAAUCCCAGACAAGUCAAAGCAGGUGAAGACAGCACAUUAAACUGGUGUUGCAUAAUCGUUUAUCAUCCCCUCGAUGUGAGAUUAAGAAAUGUUCAUGCUCACUUCCACCUUAAAGCGCCACGCCUUAGUUUGUGUGAGGAUUAGUCAGGAAGGAUGAGCUCUUCACAAGAUUAUCUUCACCGUUUGUGUGAUAAAAAAAAAAAAACAAUCUUUCUUUUUAUUGAAAACAGCCUCGCUCUUUUUUCUUGAAAUCUGUGGCCUUGUUAAGACAAACACACACAGACGCACACGCACACAGACACACACAGCAUGUUGUGACUCAGGGAGGAGUCAUGCCUACAGGCUCCGGAGCUGACACAUAUCAGCGUAUCUAUCAGUACCCUGAAGACACGUUUUUUUCCCCCAGAUCUCCGGCUGGUAAUGGAGCCUCGUGACAAAAGUCUGAAAAAAAAAGCUGUUUUUUUCCUCUGACUGGUUCUGCGUAUUAUUCAGCGUUUCUGUGUUAUUGUGGCGCUCCAGCGGGAGGGAAACGGGCCUUGGUUUUGUUCACGUAACGCUGCACAAUCACUGCGCUGCAUGCAAAUGAGUAGCUGCUAUUGUAGUGGCUGUAAGUGAUAUCUUUGAAAAGGACAUAAAAUUAAAACAAUUGAAAGAGGGCAUCCUGUGGGUGCUGGCACAGCUGUAAAUUAUAUGGCCUUUGUAAGUGUUAAUGUAAUGUGCUGUGGCAGUUUAAUGGCUUCCCUGUGUGUGUGAGAGAGAGGGAGUUUAGAUGGAGGCAUCUGUUUUGGUAUUUAUCCAAGCUUUAAGUGUUUGUGUUUAGAUGCUUAGAGACUCAGAUAUCCCUGAUUUUUUUUUCUGUCCAUAUUGUGUUUUUAGGUGCAACACACUGCCGAGCCGAAGAACUCUGAAAAACUCCAGACUGGUCUCCAAGAAAGAUGAUGUCCAUGUCUGCAUCAUGUGUCUGCGAGCGAUCAUGAACUACCAGGUCAGCCCUCUGCUCUCCUCCUGAAGACGUCCACACACUGACUGUCCCUCUGGACUGAAACACAUUUAUCUAACUGAGGCCAAAUUCAAUUUGUUCCCCUGCUUGUUUCAUUUAUUAUGCAGAGGAUUGGCUCCUCUUCUUUCUUAAUUAGCUUAUUUGUCUCUGUCUCUCUGUCCCUGUCGUUUGUUUUUAACCCUGCAGUAUGGCUUCAACAUGGUCAUGUCACACCCACACGCUGUGAAUGAAAUUGCACUAAGUCUAAACAACAAAAACCCGAGGUAAGUUGAAUCAAGAAUUACUCAUUCUUCUGAUAGAUCUCGAUGGACACGCUCUUUGCAAACAAAGAGAGACCGAAAAGACAAAGACAAAGAUUCAGUUCAGAUCUUUAAGACUCAGCGCCUAUAUUUUACCAACAGAGACUCAAACCAAUAAUGAAACAUCCAGAGUCCAGCAUUAGGUUCAGUGCAUCAGCACAGUCUGAUCCAGACUGAGUGUCUUUGUAACUCAGGGGCACAUUCAUCCUCACAGACGGGUCAGGGCACCGCCGGCACACUCCACCGCACUGGCAGCUGCUCACUGAGACAGCCACCAGAAGCGUUCACUUUCACUUGAUGCCCCAAAGGCUCAAGGAUUUCCUCAAAAGUUGAUGUGAAACCACUCCGCAUCACCUGUCACAUAUCGUCUCGUCCAGGCGGAGCAAUCCUGCAUGAAUGAACUGGAGAUGGGACGCUCAGAACACACACACACACACAUGCACAGAGGGAUAGGGUCAUUUUUAUAUCCUUUACUUUCAAUCCAGUGGAGAUAAAAAUGAGGAGCUAUUUUCCUGUCCGGGUUAUAUAAUUACUCAACUUUUCUUUGGGUUAUUUUAGGCAAAACUUCAGGUCCUUGAGGAUGUUUUGGUACUUCUUACUAAUUUUCUAAUGGACAAACACACUCCGAUCGCUUUUCUCAUCGCAGCAAAUACAAUGUCAUCCAUUCCACUAGAGAUGCACCAAUCCAUUUUUUCCGAUCAAAUCCGAUACCGAUACCUGGGCUGAGCGUAUCGGCACAUAUCCAAUAUCGAUCCAAUACUACUGUUUAGUGAAUGAACUGUAUACCUUGCCCUAUGAGUGAAGACAUCAGGUUUAACAUUAGCUUUGUUACAAAAAAAGGUAACAAAUUAGGUAACGACUCAACACAGAUGUAAAUUUACUUAAUAUUAUUUAUUAACAAAUAACAACUUGCACAUUAGCACACAGCAAAAAGAAGUAAGACUUCCAUGUAAACAUUUAGUGCAAAAGGAUAGACAGACAUAGAAUAUAGAGCAAACAGAAUCACUGUGUUGCUGUGUAUGAUUUUAAUUAAAAGAAAAAAAAGACUGGAUUGGAACACUGGAUCGGUGUCAUUCAUCAGAUAUCCGAUCCAAUUAAUUUGUCAAUAUUGGAGCAGAUAUCUGAUCCAAAUACCGGCUCGGUGCAUCCCUACAUUCCACACUAAGGUCUUAGAAAAGGUCUUUAAAAGGUCUUGAAGUACACCGCCCUGGACUUUGUUUGCUCGGUCUUGAACCGCAGGUUUACUGCAGCACUAUCACCUCUCAUUCACCAACAAUCCUUCUCUUUGUUUUCUCCCUGCUUUAUAGGACGAAAGCUCUGGUCCUGGAGCUCCUGGCGGCAGUUUGUCUCGUGAGAGGAGGCCAUGAAAUUAUUCUCUCUGCGUUCGACAACUUUAAGGAGGUAUGAGGGUAGAAGUGCAGCUCUGAGGAGACGAAUAUGUCAUUACAUUUUAACUGUGCAAUUUCAAACACUGACUCAGCCCUGCAGGAAUGCCCCCCUUCCUCUCCUCCAGCAGAUGUGAGACUUGCAGAUUCUUCAUUUCUGCACACGGAAAAGCAGGAAUGAGCUAUUUUGUACACAGAUUACAGGCAUCAGCGGUGUGUGGCUGAAUAACACAGGGGAGCAUACAGUUAGGUGUGUGUUAACUGGAUUUGGCUGACACUUGAAAAGCUCGGUACAGCAGAGAGAGAAAGAUGUAACAGACAGGCUUGCUUGACCCUUCUCCUGUCUGGGUCAGGAGUCCUGGCUGCCGAAGUGAAAAAAGUGUGGGAGGCUUGUAAAGGAGUGGGCGCAAAAGCAGCCCCACUUUGUAGCAUACGGCUCGAAAAAAUGGGCCGACUGCAGUUAAUGCAAUAUUUACACCCCUGAAUGAAAUAUUGAGUGUUGUUCUCAGUAGCAUUGGCAUUAGCUGGGGGAAAAUCAGGAUUAGGGAGGACAUAAUGAGAUAAAGCAGGUGUCAUGAGAGUGAGGACACAGUGUUAUCAGAGUUAUAAAAGUCGAUUCAGGCGGUUCAUUUUUGUUAUUUCAGCUUUUAAAUGCAGGUUUGAUGAUGAACCUUCAUAGUUAGUGCUGCAGUGCUGAGACUGGAAGAAGCAUUACUCAGGGUUUUCUGGGUACACACCCCUCCUGUUUUUUCUUCUUCAUCAUGCUCCAUCUCCCUCAUUGACCUCUGGUUGAACUGUCUGAACUGCAGAGCAUCUCCCCUCUCUCCUCCUCCUCCUCCUUCUCCUCCUCUUGUUAUUUCUCUGUCUCUCUUCUUUUCUGCCUACUUAACUUAAGUUCAAAAGAGGUUUCAGCGGUAGGCAAAAAAACCCACAAGUACCACUGAACAUAGAUGCUCUCAGGCUGCCUUAUAUAAAACUGAAGAUUCAUUCAGCAGCGCUACAUGAGGAACUGAUUAUAGUGAUUAUCACUUUGGGAUCUGCUCUUACUUUCUCUCAGGUUUUAGGAAGCUGUGAGCUUACUGCAGCCUUCAUCAGCUACUUUUCAUCUUCACUAAAAAGUGUUGAUAACUGAAUUUUAACACUUAUCCUAGUGUCCAGAUACGAUGUUGAUAUCGAUACCAGCAAAAAAAUGAAUAUCGGAUUACAUUGGCCUGCAUCUAAAAUCUUUGAUAACAGCACUCCAGUACAAGCAGUCUGUUUCAGACUCCGCUCCAGCACCUCUAUCUAGCAGCAUGUAGAUUACACGUGAUCACAACAACAGUCUGUACUAAGGUACUAACAAAGUAGCAAGGAGUAGGAGUGAUGUUUGCUGUGUGGCAGUAUUUUUUGUUUAAGUCCAAAAAAGACAUUGCAGAUGAGUACAAGACUUGUCGCGCACAAGUUUGUGCCAAUAUCAGAUUAAUAUUUGGUAUUGGCCAAUACUGAAGGCUACAAUAUCGGCAAAAAAAGUUGUAUUGGGACACCCCUUAUAUUAACAGAGAUGUCAUGAAAUGUCCCUACUAAAAUGGAUUGCAUAAAUCACUGCACGGUGCUUUCUAAUAUGAAGGAGAUGUGGUUUGUUUUACAGGUGUGUGUGGAGACGCAGAGGUUUGAGAGGCUUAUGGAGUAUUUCAAGAAUGAAGACAACAACAUCGACUUCAUGGUGUGUUACCUCACACACACUCACGCUCACAAAUACACAAGAACUCACAAAGUAAUGAGUUAUUGAUCCCUCUGAAAUCCCUCAAAAACCCCCCAAACCCUGUAAAUUACUUCUAAAAAAGUUGUAAGCUGAAAGAGUGAAAGCUGUUUUUGACAAAUAAUCCCUGUCAGGCUUUCAGGAGUGGCAAUGAGGGCUCACUGUUACCUCUGGGUUACACAGACUCACAUGUAAUGGAAUCAAAACAUGACUCAGCUUGUACCUGGUUGGAUCAAGUGAAAUCUGUGGUGGACGCUGCAAGUCAUCCUUCGCUCUCUGCGCUCCAUGUUCCUUGUCUCUCUGUAGCUGUCCAACCUAAUGAAGCCAAAAAUGACAGGACAGAGGCCUUAAAAAAUCUACAGAGAGAUUUUUCCUUCCAGCCGUACUAUACACUCUCAAAAAGCUAUCUUUGCCAAAUCUGUCCUUAAGCAGCAUAAAUUUUCCCUCAGAGACAGGAGAUACAGUGAAACCGACGCCGAAUAAGAAGUAAUAAAUCCUAACAGUCAUUUUCAUAUACCUGUAAUGUCAUUGUUGAAAGUCAUUGUUCUGUGUGUAGGUAUCUGAACUUGUAUUUUAGUUUUCACAAUGCCAAAUAUGGAUGUCUGCUAUGACAUUUUUACCAGUCGUGGUGCACUUUGGGUAAAUAAAUUGCAAUAUGCAUACCUUGAAUGACUAGAGGUAACUGGAAAUGGAGUUUCAAAAGCAGAUGUUAAAAAUGUUUUUUUGUUUUUUUUCUGGAUAGGAAAAAAGUAAAUUUAGAUUCACAGAAAACACUGAUGGUAAAAGUGAUAGAGCACCAUUGUAAGCAUCUGAAAUACUCAUUAUGAGUGACUGAAUUAAAGAUCUGUGUAAUGUGGUUCCAGUUCAGCUAUGAGCAGUUGAAAUGGUUUGCCACAUAGUGGUUGGUUUAGCUAGACCCCUCGACAGAGGCCGAAGCCUAGUGGGUUCAAAUCCAACCUGCAGUCUGUAAUAAUAAUAAUAAUAAUAAUAAAUCAUAAAUAAUAAUAAUAACUGCAUUUAUAUAGCACCUUUAAAAACAGGUAUAGGCCAUGUUUUAAGUCUACUUAAGUGGAAAGUAACAGAUGAUGAGAUCUCACAGUCCUUCAGCCCCGUCCGCUGUCUCUGUGUGAGCGGCACUAAAGCAGACAGACUUUGUCACAGCAACAACUCUGCUUCUUACCAGAAGUUCAUGAAGUGUGAGUGUGAAGAUGAGGAGAUAUGUUUGUUCAUAUGUGCGAGUAUGCUGGGUGGAGACCCUUCUGACUGUGUGUGCAGGCUCAUAUGAUGCUGACAGACCUAAACCGACAGAUUUUUUUUUUAAAAGAUAUGAAAGAAUAACUUCUCUGUAGGCCAAGCAAGCACAACAAUCAGAGUUAGUACUCAUAAUGUUAGAGGAAACAGUAACCGAAGUUCAAACAUGUGUCAAUAAACUUCAGGCUUUAGCACAUGUAUGUUAACAUGUGAACUGUAAAACUGUCAGCUCUUUACUUUUGAACUACUUUGAUGAAGGGAUCAGAAAACAAUGAGAAACCUCCACUGUUAUUGAAUCCUCAUUUACUGAUUUCAUGCUGCUCUUCUUUAGGUUGCCUGUAUGCAGUUUAUCAACAUCGUCGUGCACUCAGUGGAAGACAUGAACUUCAGGGUUCAUCUACAGUUCGACUUCACCAAGCUGUGUCUGGACGACUACUUAGACGUGAGUUGAGGCAUGAUGCUGACAGACUAAACACUCCCUCUCUUAAUGUUCACUUCUGUUCAGAGCAGAGGUUGCCAUCGGAGCGCCCCUUAAACUGCAGUGAUGCAAAGGGAGUCAGUAAUGACUUUUCCAUUGCCUCAGAAAAUUUCAGUAAUUCCCCCUUUUCCUGCUUUACUGCGCAGACCAGAUCAAUGUUGUCCUUCAGAAGAGUACGAGAUGUCCGCCUCCUACAGUGAUCAAAAAAUCAAAGUUUUAACUGCUGUCUUCAUUUAUGUUCUCCAGAAACUAAAACACACUGAGAGCGACAAGCUGCAGGUUCAGAUCCAGGCCUACUUGGAUAACGUGUUUGAUGUGGGGGCACUUCUGGAGGAUGCAGAGACCAAAAAUGCAGCUUUGGAGCGCGUGGAGGAGCUGGAGGAGAACAUGUCACAUGUAAGACACUUGUGAAUUUACCAAUCAUACGAGUGUUCACAGAACUUGAACAAACCUUUGAAUUAAUAUCCAGCAUGUCAGGAAGCUGGUGGAAGUAUGUCUGAGGUGAAUUUUUCAUGAUCUUAACAAUAAAACAUCUCCUGGUUCAGAACACAACCAUACAUCUCAAUACACUAAAAUCAUUGACUGAGUUUAGCGUUGCCAUGGCGAUACACUCAGGUCACUUUGUGAUCUUCUCCACUCGGCCGUUGCUCUUUUAGAUGUCGGAGAAGCUGCUGGACAUGGAGAAUGAGGCCAUGUCAAAGAUUGUGGAGCUGGAGAAGCAGCUGAUGCAAAGGAACAAGGAGCUGGAAUCCAUCAGGGUCAGACUCUUCAUCUUCUUCUUCUUCUUUUCACUUGUCAUUCACACACUCACUGCUCCAUGUAAAUACACGGAACAACUCUCCACAAGUGAUUUUUCUCCUGUCAUUUGAUUUCCACUCUAAUGGUGGGAGUUUAAAACAGCAUAUACUCUUUACUAGGAAACUUUUUAUUCAUGUAAAUCCUAUUCAGCCCCCCACAUGUGUUCGUCCUCUACACAGGAAGUCUACAAAGACACCAGCUCGCAGGUGCACUCUCUUCGGCAGAUGGUGAAGGAGAAAGAUGAAGCCAUCCAGCGUCAGAGUAAACUGGAGAAGAAGAUUCACGAGCUGGAGAGACAAGGCACCAUCAAGAUCCAUAAGAAGGGAGACGGAGACAUCUCCAUCCUGCCCUCACCGUCUCUCGGCAUGGAGGGCUCAGUGGGCUCUGCAGCUGUUGGUCCAAAUCAUGUGGGAGUUGUUGCAGGAGGCCCUGCUCCUCCUCCACCACCUCCUCCACCUCCUCCGCUACCUGUGAACGGCACAUGUAGGUUUAAUACCAGUCUGAUUAAUGAGUGAAUAAACUGAAAUGCCUGAAAGUCUGUUGUCAUUCUCUCUUAUUAUCAUCCAGUAGUCAGUCUAACCCACUUAAAACAUCAGGAUCAAAUGUAUAUACAUUCAUGGUGCUAACCACUGCAUCAUCUUUUUGAUCAUCCCUUCAUUUCUCUCCUUUCUCAGUGUUAAAUGGACCAUCAUCAGCCCCUCCUGCACCAGCAGCUCCCCCACCUCCUCCUCCUCCACCUCCCCCUCCACCGCCUCCCCCUCCUCCACCAGGGCCAGAUGUCUCAGCGCCCAUGCCCCCUCCACCUCCUCCCGUAGCUCCUCCUCUGCCUGGCUGUGGGACACCCACUGUCAUCAUGAACUCUGGGUUAGCAGGUAAGUUUGCUGAGAAAGGAUCCUGUAACCUGUUUGUAGUUUUUGUGAGGUUUGAAUCACAAAACUUUCUGCCUUUUUUUCUGGCAAACCGUUAACAGACUGCUGCCGUGAUCAGAACUUUUCUGAUAGAAAUCUGCUUCAAGACUUUUUACAUCUUCUUUACAGUUAAAACCCUCGAGCAUGAGGGGUGGCUUCAUAUAUUUGAUGUGGAGAGUUAAAUAAGCCAUUUCCUGCUCAAUUUCUUUUCAGGAACCAAACUAAACAUCUUGUAAAAUUCUGGAUAUUCUGUCAUGUACUGAAAAUCCUGUUGCACUAAUGAAUGCGUGUGUAUGUUAGUAUGUCAGGCAGCCACUCAGAAUAGCGUGAAACCUUUAAGUUAGGAAAUGCUUUAUUGCUGAUUUUCUUUUGAAACGUGUUUGCGAUGAGCAUGUGUGAGCUUUCUUACCAACUCUGACAAACUUUUAUUAAUCUAUCUUUGAUUCUUUCCUUUUCUGCCAACCAGAGGGACCCAUCAAACUUUUCUGUAGGUUCUGCUUGUCGUGUUCGGUGUCUUGUACCCUGUUAUCUCUACUUUGUUCCUCCACAACAAGUUUUGAAAAUGGUAUUUUCAGACUUUAAUAGGUACAAUCCCAAUUCCAAAACUGUGUGAAAUGUUGAUUGAAAAUACAUUUUCAUUGUUUGCAAAUCAUCAAAACCCAUGAUUUGAUUGAAAAUAGUCUAAUUUUUUUUUAUGAAAAAAAUAUCCCCUUUUUAAAUUCAAUCCUGUCAGCAGGUUAUUUUAAAAGUUGGGCUGAGUCAUGUUUAUAAUUUUUGUUGCAUCACCUCCUCUUUUAACAGAACCCUGUAGCUGUUUCAGAACUGAGGAGCCCAACUGAUCAAGUCUUAAUACUUGAGCAACAGUACAAGACUUCACCUCAGCCCGUCUUAUUUUGACUCAGACUCAGAGAGUUCUCCAGCAUUUCUAGCUCAUGUUUAUACCUGUUUUCUAAGGAGUCCGAGAGAUGACAUUAACUUUUUUUUUUUUUUGCACGUGUAAUUUAGUAUUUGGCAUGUGCGUUUUAUACUGCAGGUGCAAUUUAACUGUUCGUUGAUAAACAAAAUCACUUUGUGCAAGUCCGAAUAUCGCUGACGGCAAAGUCGCUGUGCUUUAAGGAUCCUGAUGAGGUGUCUCCUACUCAAAACAAUACCAAAUGUGGCUAAGCUAGGUAUCUCUUUGACACAUGUCCUCAAUGAAAGAAAAUGUUGAUAUACGCUCUCUGUCCAUGAUACUGUCCUUCUUCUCUCACAAAUGAGGCACGCAGAGAAUUUUUUACAAAAACGCAUGUGCAAGAUACAAACAAAACGCACAUUGGAGAUACGUAUAAAGUGCAUGUUUGAGAUACUAAAUCGCACGUGCGAAUUAAAAAAAAAGAAAUUCAUGUUACCUCCUGGUUCUGUAGUUUUCCUCUUUAUAUGAUACAGUUUAAUCUGCAAUGAGCCGUGUUCACAGAUAAUGGUUUGUGGUAGGGAAUUUGCAGCCCAUGCAGUGAUUCCCACUACAGAGUCAUGUCUGUUUUUAACUCCUGAGGACCAGACAAAUACACCCCAUCCAUUGUUGGUUAUUGGCCUAACACUUAUGUACAGAUCUUUCCAAGUUCUCUGAAACUUUUAAUUAUAUUGUGUCAUUGAUGAGAUCUCUAAAGUCUCCUAACACAGUCUCUCAAGGUUGUGAGCCUCUUCUCAUGUUUACUUCCAGAGACUCAGAUUUGUUGUCUUUACACUGUAUCCAAUAACAAAAAGUCUUGAAAUGAUUUGCAGUCCUUCAAAAUGGACUUUUAUCAACAUUUAACACCAUGUUUAAACCUCCUCUGGGACUGGGAUUGUGCAAAGUUUGAAGAUACCAAACUUCAAACUUCUGCAUGUUUUUCCUUCACACCUUGCUGCCGUGGUGUCAGUGUGUCUGUGUGUUUGUUUUGUAUACAUCUAGAAUCAUCACGCCUCAAAGUGUUGGUUCCAUAUUGAGACACAGUGACCCGCUGUGGCAUGCACAUGCUAUGAAGUGAUACUUAAAUGCAGGGCAGGAAUGCUGUUUACCUUCCCCACACGAGUCUUAUCUCUCUGAACCUGGUGACAUGUCGUCUGUGCAGCAAAGCAGGAUCUCGUUCUGCUGUUCAGCUGUAAUGAAACAGCCCAGGUGGCCACAAAUAGACAUAAUCUGUCUGAUAAAUAGUUUGUCACCGGACCAGGGAGGAAAUCCUCACCAUAUGUACCGCUCACUGUGCAGGAAUACCACAUUUGUUUUAAUCUCCUGGCAGACUCAGGCUGUACUCUGCUCACAGAGUGACUGAGCAGUUUUGUGUUCUCACUUAAGGAGGGAAGCCUCCUGUCAGAAUGAAUCAAAAAUGACCAACGUGAAGAAGGAGAUCAUUUCCAUUUGUGUCACCACUCCCGCAUAUCUGCCUGUGCAUGAGUGAAUGACUGUAUGUGUACUCUGGUAGUGUUAAGGCACACUAACUCUUCGACCUUCUGUGUAGCUGUUAAGAUCAAGAAACCCAUCAAGACCAAGUUCCGCAUGCCCGUCUUCAACUGGGUGGCCCUGAAACCGAACCAGAUCAACGGGACUGUCUUCAAUGAGAUUGAUGAUGAAAGGAUACUUGAGGUGAGAUGGGGAGGGUUAAGCCGGCUGCUGGCGUGACGUCAGUGACAACAGGACAUUAACAGAAUCUCUCUUGUUGUCUCUCAGGAUUUAAACGUGGAUGAGUUUGAAGAGAUGUUUAAAACAAAAGCUCAGGGUCCGGCAAUUGACCUCGGCAUGAGUAAGCAGAAAAUCAUUCACAAAGGGCCCAACAAGGUGGCGCUACUGGACUCUAAUCGAGCCAAAAACCUUGCCAUCACUCUGAGGAAAGUGGGCAAAUCUUCUGAGGAGAUCUGCAAGGCCAUUCAAAUGUAAGCCCUUUCAAAAUAAAACACCAAAUAUGUCUCAUUAUACCAAAUCUCUACUCAUUUGAAAUAAAUGUCGUCAUAAUUGACUCCCUACCCUCCUGGAUCCUUCAGAUUUGACCUGCGGACUCUGCCUGUGGACUUUGUGGAGUGUCUGAUGCGCUUCCAGCCCACAGAGAACGAGAUCAAAGUCCUGCGACAGUUUGAGAAGGAGCGUAAGCCGCUGGAGAGCCUGACAGACGAGGACCGCUUCAUGAUGCAGUUCAGUAAAAUCGAGCGGCUCAUGCAGAAGAUGACCAUCAUGGCCUUCAUCGGAAACUUCACCGAGAGCGUGCAGAUGCUCACACCUGUGAGUAACGCUGUGCUCUGCAAACUAGAGGAAACUAGAGAUGUUUAUUGUAAGAGUAAUGUCUCAACUUCUCUUUCUUCUUAUCUGCAGCAACUUCAUGCAGUCAUUGCAGCAUCCGUGUCAAUCAAAUCCUCACAGAAACUAAAGAAAAUCUUAGAGGUAAGUCAAUCAUUAGUGCCUGGACUGAAAGCUUAGUUUCCUUUUUUACAUUCCUGUCCCUUCUUGUUAUGGGCGGCAGUAGCUCCAGAGGUAGAGCGGUCGUCUAGUAACCAGACGGUUGGCAGUUCGAUAUCCCUCCUAUUCCUAGUCUGUCCAUUGUGUCCUUGGGCAAGACAUUUAACCCACUUUGCUCCCAGUGUGUGUCCUCCAUUGGUGUAUGAUUGUGAGUGAUGUUUGGUGGUGGUCGGAGAGGUUAUCAGUGCAAAUUACUGUGACUGUGUGAGCGAAAUGAAUGAUGUAUCCAAUGUAAAGUGCUUUGAGGGUCUCUGAUAAAGCGCUAUAUGAAAUCUGAUGCAUUGUUAUUAUUAUUAUUGUUCUGCAGAUCAUCUUGGCUCUCGGAAACUACAUGAACAGCAGCAAAAGAGGAGCUGUGUAUGGAUUCAAGCUGCAGAGUUUAGACUUGGUAAAAAGUCUCUCUUGCCCUAAAAGUCUGCAACUUUAAUUUUUAACACUUUUGAAUGUAUUUUUGACGCAUUUUCUUUCGCUUUCUUUCCAGCUACUUGAUACCAAAUCAACAGACAGGAAGUUAACGUUGUUACACUACAUCGCCAAUGUAGUGAAGGAGAAAUACAUCCAGGUUGCUCUCUUCUACAACGAGCUGCAUUAUGUGGAGAAAGCUGCAGCAGGUGGGUCGUGUUUCUGUCCAGCUCUCUUUUUUUAGCGUGGGUGUUUCAUUUGCACUCAUACAUGCUCUGGUCUUCACAGUGUCGCUGGAAAACGUCCUGCUGGAUGUGAAAGAGCUGCACAGAGGCAUGGAGCUGACCAAAAGAGAGUACAGCAUGCACGGCCACAACACCAUGCUCAAAGAGUUCAUCGCACACAACGAGAGCAAGCUGAAGAAGCUGCAGGAUGACGCCAAGAUUGCACAGGUAACACAAGCAUGCGUGGAUUGUUCACUUUAUUGAAUCUGAUGGGAUACAUUGAUGAGUCUUAUGAUCAAUAAUGUUCUGUGUGUCUGUGAUAGGACGCCUUUGACGAGGUGGUGAAGUUCUUUGGGGAAAACGCCAAAACAACACCGCCCUCUGUCUUCUUCCCUGUGUUUGUGAGAUUUGUGAAGGCUUACAGGGUGAGCUCAACAGAAACACUUUUGUCUUUGUUCUCUUCAGUUUGCAAACCUUUGACUUUGAGCUCCUAAAUGAUGAUAUAUUACAGUAAAAAGAGUCAACAGCUCGUGUUUCUAGAUUCUAGUUUUUACAGCCUGUAACUUUGUGAACGUGUUUCCUCCUCAGCAAGCGGAAGAAGACAACGAGCAGAGAAAGAGACAGGAGCAGCUUCUGAUGGAGAAACUUCUGGAACAGGAGGCCAUGAUGGAGGAAGACCAGAAGGUGAGUCCUCUAUCAAUACAUUUGAAAAUGUACGCGUCCAUUUCAAACGAUGGUUCCGUCACUGCCCACAUACUUAGAUGCGUCCUUUACGUUGGCGCAGAUGUUAACCAUUGCAUCCACCAGGGGGCAGGCCAGAGUCAAAAGUUUCUGACAACAACAAACAAACAGAAACAUGGCGACUGUGGAGGAGCUAGUGCUAAUGUAUAUUUUGCAUAGACAAAAACGGAGGGAGCAUUGGAGGAGGCGGUGGUCGGUUAGGCCACUAAAUGCCUCGCGAGUUGACGAUUAUCGUCAUUGUCACUCUGUGCUGUCUCGUGUCUUGUCUUGUCUUCCUCGUUUCUCUCUAGAGAUGCAUAUUGGGUAGUGACAGCACCAACACUGCCCCCACGGUUUCUGUUGGUACUGCUCUGUCUGGCCUGUAUCCACAAACUUCAAGGAUAUGUGUAAAAAUACGAACGGGAAGAACGGGAAGCAUGAAAUAACAAAGAAAUAACGGAUAUGACAAUCUUUCCACAAUUUCUACAUAGAUGAAAAACAUAUUUGUUUGUGUGUGUCUUCCUCAGUCUCCAUCUCAUAAGAACAAGCGGCAGCAGCAGGAGCUGAUCCAAGAGCUCAGGAGGAAACAGGUGAAAGACAGCCGGCAUGUCUACGAGGGCAAAGAUGGAGCGAUUGAGGACAUCAUCACGGGUAACCUCACCUGGGCCUGGUUACAGCCUCUGACCACACACACACACACACACACACACACACACACACACACACACACACACACACACACACACACACACACACACACACACACACACACACACACACACAUCCAGGGCGCUGUGCAUGAAGGUCCUCUUUGGUGCUGUACAUUUAGUCAUUAACAAAGGGACUCUUAAACGACUAACACAAUGACUCUGGCUCUUCUUUAAAAAUCAACAGUGAGACGUUGAAGCUCCAGAAAAAUUCAAGCUAACAAUGACAAAGAUGAACUGACAGUGUGGCUAAUCUAAUGACAUCCAUGGUUAUAUUUGUCUGUGUAUCAAGGCUUAUCUUAUCUGCUUUGUCUUUGCUUUAUAACACUGUUUCUACAGAGACAAGGCCGGGUGUCAAAUAGUUUCUAAUGGUGACAAAUAACCAAAGGGCGGGAGUAAAUAUAUAUUAAAAAUAGCUAACAGAUAAAUUUAAGGUGAUAAAUCAUCUGAUGACAGUUUUGCACUCAGUGUAAUUUUGAGGAACUUGUUGUAGUUUAAUGAUAUAACACAACAACAGUACAACAUGUCCAUUUUUUUCGACUCAAUGCGGCCCUUUUGUUGAAGUCGGUAUCAAAUUCAUACUAUCUACGCUCUGUUUAUCGGUGAGGUGAGUUAAUGAAGCCACGAUUGUUCAGACACUUUUAUGUCACCAGUAUUUCAUUCAGAAAAUCUGGCCACAUUUUAUGAAACACAAAGAAAAUAUAAGGAAACAGAAAAAACUUCACUCUUACUAAAUUAUAAAGACAGUUUCUAGAUCUCCUCAAACCUAGAGCAGUUGUGUUAAAAAUGUUACCUGAUACAGCUGAAUGUAUAAAAAAAGGUGAUAUUUGUAGAUUAAAGUCAAGCUCUGAUAGUAGAGAUUAACUAUGAGAGCAAAGAUUGGGUGUACUUUGAUAAGGUGCAUUUCUUUGUGGAUAUGCAUGUGUUUCCAAUCUCUGUAGGAAGUAUACCCUCUCUGUAUUCUUAAAAAGAUAAGAUGUCUGAGGUAUGUUCAAACCAAGAACCCUGGGUUAUGAAGUUCAUCAUCACAGAGCCUAAAACCUGGCCUCUCCUGGUCCUGUUGUCGGGUAUUUGCUGACUGCUAACCGGUGCCUAACCCCUGUAGAAGUCUGCUUUUUUCUGAAAUUGUCUCUGUCUCUGUCUUGUUCUGGCUGUUGUCCUUGUCGUUUUCAAUGCAGUGCUGAAGACCGUGCCGUUUACCGCCCGCACAGCCAAGCGCGGCUCUCGGUUCUUCUGCGAGCCCGCCCUCAAUGAGGAGUACCAUUACUAAGCUUAUAGAACUGUCUCUCUUCUCUCAGGUUGCUGAAAUAAAACCUACUCUUCCUUAUUUUUCCUCUCCUCCAUCCUCUGCAUGUCUCUUCACACUCCUCCUCUCUGAACUCACACAUUUGAACCUCACACUUUGGACCCUGAGACACACACUGAUUGUUUUUUUUUUUUUUUUUUCCUCUCCCUCUCCUGAGCAUGACUUGGUGUCGGGGAUAAUGAUUUUCUCCCCUCACCUGCAUGAAGUGUGACACCCUCAUUUAUCAUCAUAAUUUGUAUCAACCACAGCAAAACAUAAUGUCACAGAGGAAACCGUCAGACUCUAACUGGUGAAGCCUUUUUCCCGGAGGUGAAAAGCUGAGCUGCCAUCUAGUGGUGACUUAUAGAACACAACCGGAGUUAAAAGUUCUGGUUUGGUUCAGCUGGACUUGAUCUUGACUGUUUUGUGUCAACAGAAACGCUGAAAAACAUUGUCUACAUGGCAGAUGUGACUAAUGUCAUCAUUGUCUCUGUGUCUGUGGCAUUAUAACUUGCUUCUCAGUGUUUUUUGAUCAGUGUUUCAUGUGAAAGUGAAUGUCUGUUAUUAUCGUCACAUCACCACGGCUGCUCCUCGCAUGCUAAACGCUUGUUGCUCGAUGCCACCCACCUUCCCACAGCGCAUGCCUGCCUUCCCAGUCGGCUCAUAACGCUGUGCUUGCUUCUGCUGACAGGUCGCCUCUCUUUCAUCAUGACCCGCAUAUGUCCACAUAUAAUCAAUGUUUACAUCACAGCAGUCUGUCUCACUCUCUGCGGUCGCAUGCUCUGUGUGCCACUAACAUGUUAUCACUCUUUUUUCACUGCACCUGCCUUGUCUUCAUCGACUUCAUCAAGUGUUUCUCAGCCGCAUGCAUGCUUUGUUUGGUUUUUGGUCCUGGUGCUGCUGAGUGUAACAAUGCUCCCAUGUUGGUUCAUUUCAGUUCUGUGUGUUGGACUUUUUAAAAACGGGCUCUUCUUCUGUGCUGCUGGUAGCCGCUCUUCAAAGCAAACUGAGUUGAUAACAGAAAACGAUCUUUACAUCUGUUCAUAGCUCUAAAUCAGCUUCCAUCCUCCUCAGUUAACAUCCUCCAGCUCUGUCCCCUCUCAUGCCCUCUCCUGCCAGAGCCUCCUUCCCCUCAUGCAGCCUCCUGCCACUCUGCUUCGCUCCUGCAGUGCAAGCCAGUGUGAAUGUCAAAGGCUGACAUGUUUGACCUCCUCCUCCUCCUCCUGCAGUUUUAACCUCCAUUUUGUCUUCUUUUCAUCUAGCCCUAAAGAAGAAUAACAUUACUAAAUUUCCCAAUGUCCACUCGAGGGUAAGGAACUCCUCCAGUAGCACCCCUGUAGUGGUGGAUGUGUCCCAAACCUGGCAAGCAUCUCUUUAUUACCUCCCUUUCUUUUGUUUUUCUCUCUUUGAAUCACCACCAUCUUACCCUCUGUUUAUUUCUACUGAUUGAGAAACAGCUACAGUAGUUUUUCCCUCACUUUUGAGGAAGAUGCAUUUUGUUUUUACACGAUGCAUCAAAGAAUUUCUUGAUUUCUGACAGAGGCUUUUGAGUCAUAACAUCCAGACAGCUGACCUACGAGGGUUUUUUUCUUUCUGUGUGGAUCUCACGCUGCUUUGAUAGACAGGCUGCCAGCACUCUGAGCAUGUGGGCUCAUCAGAAACAUCCCGACAAGAUGACUGACAGAUCUUUUAUCCCCCUCCCUCUCAAUCCCCUCAAUCCAAUCCCUCUCAGAUUUGAGGAAUCAGCCUUACAGGCGAGCCGAUGCUGUGCGGAGGAGUGUCAGGAGACGCUUUGAUGAUCAGAACCUGCGGCCUGGGAACAACGGCGAAGUGGUCGUGUGACGAGGGAAACCGUAUGUGCUGGAGGGGCGAGGCUGAGAGGAUGUGUGGUGUCAAAGGAAGGAAGGAAGGAAGGAGAGGAAGUGAAAAGCAGAGUGAAGAAUGAUGAGAGAGAUGAUGAUGAGUGUUGUAGCAACCGUAGAGAUGAUAUGUAUAUAUAUUACAUAAGAAUACGAGUUAUUCCAUGUCUGUGGUACAGUAGCAGUUUCAUGUGAAGGACUGGGACAUGUAUGGGACUGGAUUUGAAGUGUCUGAAAGGUUGAUUCAGAAACCUUCGACGAGCUAAGUGCCUGAACUCCUUUUCUGUGGGUGAACCUCACUCUGUCUCCUGUUUGUCUGAUGAUGACUGUUUUUUAUACUCCCACUUUGAAGCAAUACGAGUUGACCUGGCUUUAAUUUGUACGAUGUGUUCAACUGGACUCGCAGUGGCCUUACGCCGCGUGAAGAGAUGCUUCCUCGGAAAUAUAACGUCGAAUGUAUGGGACGACUUCCCCCCCGUAGCUGUUCCACAUAAAACAUCCGUCAGUGUUUGCGUUGACACCACGAUGUGUCUCAGUACAUUCCAGCGCUCUUCCUCAUUCCUCUGAAAACAUGUGCUCAAACUGCACCUCGCUUUACAUCUCAUGAGGCUUCUACGUAACUUCUACUAAAAGGGCUGAUGAUCAGACAAGAAGAAGUGAUCAGAAAAUGAUUUUAAAAAACUAUAUUUGUACUCAAGAAAGUAUAAGGGUUAUGAAGACUGAAGAGAAAGAACAUUUUAAGUGAUUUGUUUUGGAGAACAAAAAAAAGUAAAAUGUGAACUGUGUAUAAAAGAUCUCUCAUAAGUUACUGAACUUGUUGCUCCUAAUCCUUCUAACUAGGCUGCCUCCUUAAAUAAAAAUCUACUGUCUGUUCAAAACGAUGCAUUUCAGUAACAGAGAAGAAUUAAGUUUGGUUUCUGGGAAAAGUCAAAAAGCAUCUUAAAUGCAUUUUCUACUGAAGCCCUCCGCAGACAUGCAUCUGUCAUUUUAUUUAUGACAUAAUCCUGCAGGAGAAAGUGAAUCUUUGAAGACCUCAUGUUCAUCUGAUGAUCAAAAAUAGACUCCAGAGUUGCUGAAUCACAAAAAAAGUCUCAUCUGAUGAGACGUCAUAAAUGAAUCUGAGGACAGUAACUCAUCACAGGGAAACAGAGUAAAUAACAUGUUUGCAUGCAUCUCUGCUCAGGGCUUCAACAAUUUUCAACCAAAUGUAGAAACUCUAACAAAGCUAAGCUGACCUGAGGAUCUCAUAACUCAAACUGGAAAGAACUUCACAUUUCAUCUCUGCUAACUGUGAUUAUUAGAGAUAAUAUUCCAGGUUUCUGUGUCUACUCACUUUAUUGUAAUUUUUAUGUAUAGUAUUUAACCACUGAGGAUUCCUUGAAGCUCAUGUUUUACAUCUCUGUGUCAUUGUCAAUUUAAAAAAAUAGUCAAACAAAAUGCAGAAGACAAAAAAACUUUCCUAAAUGUACAGAUAUUUUGCUACAAACCAUUUUUCCUUUUUUUUUUUUUUACUUUACUCACAUUUCCAGAUGGUUAAUAUUGUACAUAUUGUUUAAACAAAAGUUUUCAUUGCCUUGUGCUAUACAACUUGAAUGUUAUUUUAACUUAUAGUUUUGUUUCCAUUUUUAUGUUUUGUAUAUUUAAUGAAGCCAAAUGCAGCCAGACUCUCCACAGCCGUGUGUUCAAUCAGACCGUCUCACUCUCAUGCAGGAGGCAGCAGGUCACUGAAUUUGCAUGCAGGUGUGUCACGAAGCCUCAGAGCCAGGUACAUUAGCACGCAUCAAAUUCUGAUUUGCAACCGUGGUACAUUUGAGCAAAGUCAAACUCUGACAGAGUCAACAACAUCACAAACCUGUGGUUGGCUGGUUUUGGAGCACACUGACACACCCUCCUGUUAUCAUCAUAAUCAUCUCCACUGAAGCACAUGCUGCCGUUCAUCUCCUUUUUCUGUGAUAGUGACAUCUCUAACUGGAUAAUACUGGCAUGUUUUUAUGUUCACCAGAAAAUGUAUUUUAGGCAGUUUGUGCUUAUUACAAAAUAACAAGCUUUUCUUUAAUUAGGUGAUAUGAGAUUUUCAAUGAAUAUGAAUGAAUAAACUAUUUACAUUGAAUAAAAA